AUGAGCGCCGCCGCUAGCGACGGCGACUCCUCGGAUUGGCUGAGGCGGGCGCGCUGCCUCCGCUCUCUCCGGGCCUCGGUUCCGGCGCGGGUCUCUGCGCGGCGACGGCAGCGGCGAUGGCUGGCCGCGGCCGCGGGGGGAGGAGACGGCGCUGCGGGCGACCUUGAGAAAGCAGCGGCCAUGGGCAACAUGCCGUCGGCGCUGAAGCACUGCCUCAGCUACCAGCAUCUCCUCAAGGAGCAGCUGUGGAUCGGAGAAGCGGCGCCGCAGCCCACGGCGCUGCAGCAUCCCGGGCAGGUACCUGAGCGCCUCGCAGGGACGGGGGCGGCGGUGAUGUAGGGCAGCAGGUGCCCUCACCCCUCCACCCCUGCCUCUUGGGGGGACCCACCCGAUCCCUGACCCUGACCACCACCGAGUUAGUGGGAAAGCCCCCUUGGAUGGUUUAGGCCCCGUCAAGUGGGUGGGGGUCCCUACUUACUUGGGACUUGGAGGUGCCUCCUCUAUAUUGCAUACAUACAUAUACAUACAUACAGACAGAGAGACUGAGAUGAGCAAACAAGCAGAGGCAGCAGCAAUAACCACUGCAUCCCCUUGCCUUCUGGGCCGGGGAACUUGUGGCUCUCCAGAUGUUGUGGGCCUCCAGCUCCCAUCAGCUACAGCCAGCAUGACCAUAUGUCAGGAAUUAGGGGAGAUGUAGCCUGGCAAGAUCUGGAGGGCAUCAGGUUGGCACAUGCACCUGUCAAAAACUCUAGUGCAGUUUCCCAAGUGCAAGCUGGAUGUUAGGCAUUUGGAGGUAAAUGGUCAUAGUUUGGGGAAAACGGACUCACAGGCCAAAUUGGGACUUGUGCCAGGCCAGAUUUGGCCUAUGGGCCAGAGGUCACUACUCUUGUUUGGUAGCUAGUCCUCUUUUGAGUUGAGCAGGACCAUGUAUACUCCAGCUAUCCCAAAGCAGUCAGGAAGCCACACUUCCUGACUCAUCUCUGAGAGACAAUUAUAAUUUAUACUUUCCUUUUAUCUCUUGCACUGUGCAGGUAGCUAAAGCCCAGGGUAGUCAUUAUCCACCCUGCCCCCAGUGUGUUGUCACCUCUUAUAAUGUCAGUAAAGCCACUUUGACAGCUCCCCCCAAAAUUAGCUAAUGGGACAGGAUUGCCAUAUGGUGUGGAUCAUUAUUUCUGCCUUACUGAAUAUUCUUCAAUAUGAACUUUGUGAUAUAGGAAACAUCUGUUGAAAAAUCCAAGCCUCCGGUUACAAAGGUCUAACCCUUGGGUGGACAGAAGUGCAUAGCUUUUGGGACAUUUGAGUUGUGUAGAAAGGGGUAUAUCGACUGACAAAGUUGCAAAAAACCCCAAACAAAACAAAAACCCAAAGCCCUCUCCCUUUUCACAAGCAGAUAUAAGGCAGCAAGUCUGCACUGGCUUGGUAUAGAGAGGAUGUUUUUAAGGUUGAGAGCCAACAAGCUGAAGCUCAAUCCAGGUAAGAUCCAGUACGUUGUUAGUGGGUGGUUUCCUAGACUGGAUGGAUGGGAGAUUGCCUGCUCUUGAUGGAGUUACACUCCCUCUGAAGGAGUGGGCAUGUAGCUUGGGGGUACUUGUGGAUUCUUUGCUGUUGUUUGAGGCUCAAGUGGCCUCAGUGGUGCAGACUCCACAAAAAAGAGAAUUUAGAGAACACUAUGCAAAGUGACUUUUCCAGAGGGGCAGAAAAUAAGGAAAAGAAUAAUCUAGAAAUAUUCUCAGGAAAAAAAACUAUUUUGGACAUUUUGGCUCGGCUCUGUAAUGGACUGUUUUGACACACAUUGAGUCUUUACAUUUUUAGGGUACCUUUAAAGCACUUUAGAGGCACACCAUAUAUAGAUAUAUAGAUUGUGUGUGUGUGAACUUGCCCUUAGAAGAUCUGCAGAAGGUUUUCUUUGGUACACAAGGAAGUAAAACAGAGAUAAGCCAAUCUUUAAACAUCAGAGGAAAAUCUGCUUCCUCUUAUGUACACAUUCCUGAUGAGUUUCAGUCCUUGGAGGACUUUAAUUUUCCAAAUUAAGUAGUUUUCAAAUUGGCAAAUAUGCCUUGGAGCGUUCUAUUAUUUCAGAAGUGUUUUGAUCUAAUGGAUUUUAGAAGCCAUUAUUACUUCUGGUAAUCAGUUUAUUACCAUUAGAUGUCCUUAAAAAGUAUGGUUUUAAUUUUAAGGUUGCUAAAAGUCUUAGAUCUUUGGAACCAUUUUAUUGCUGUGUAUUUUCCAUCAUGUUUUCAUUCUCAGGCUGGCUACUUGCUAUCUGUUUAUGUCCCCACAUAUUUAUUUUUCUCUUUCUCUUCUUGUGUAUACUCUUGUAGUACUUCCAUCAUUGUUACUGUUGUUGUUCUGUUAUACUAUUUUGAUAUCCCACCCCUAUCUCGGGGAGGUUUAAAGGAUAAUAAAAUAUAACCAAUCACAAAAUAAUUGAAACAUUUAAAAUAUCAUACCUUGAAACAAAUAUCCUGAAACAACAGAUCAAAAAUAUAAUUGAAAUGUUUAUUAAAUUGACAAGUGGGGCAGAAGCGGAAUGUACGUCCACAGGGAGAGAAUUUGACAGUCAGGGCACUACCACAGAGAAGGCCCUUUGUCAUGAAAUUGCACAGUUGGCCAUAUUAAUCCCUGGUACCAUGACCAAGGUGCUGGUUGGAAACUAUUAGAAGAGGCGUUCCUUUGAGCCCUAAGCUGUACACCUUUACCAAGACCUUGAAUUGGGCCCAGUAGCUCAUAGGCAGUCAGUGCAGUGCUUUGGAGAUUGCUGAUACAUGAUUCCAUCUUGUAUCACCUUGCAAUAAUCCAAUCAUGACAUUACUAGAACAAGGCUAUCUUAGGGGUUCACACUUCUGCUUAUUCUGUGCCUGGAAAGCAUGGGACUGGGAUGUGCCCCACUGCUUUCCUUGGGGGCAAAUGUUAAUCCACUGAAAACCCAAUUGAUGUUUGCUUUGAUUCAACAGUAAAUAGUGGGUUUUCCUGGGGCAAUGCAGUGUGGACAAGCUUUUAGUCCAUUUAGAUGGUGAAUGAGCUUGGGCACUGAAUUAUCCUCAAACUACCCACCUGUUCCUUCAGGAGUGUCAUCCUUUCCAGAACAGGCCAUAUCCCUAAUUCCGGGAUCCAAGUUGCUGGAGUUGAUUAUUGGUCCAUCCCAUGCUCAGCCUCUCCUGAGCCAGGUGGAAUGUGUGUCAUCCUCAUGCUAGUGACACCACCAUCCGAAUCCACAAAUGACUCAUCUCAGUGAUUUUUUUUAAAAUAGAUGUUGAAUAGCUAGGGGGACAAGAUGGAACCCUGCAGGACCCCACUGGAAAAGUGCCAUGGGGCUGAGCAGCAGUCCCUUAACACUACUUUCUGGGAGUGGUCUUGUAGGAAGGAGCAGAACCACUGUAACCCAAUGUCCCUGACUGGAAACUCACAGUGCUGCUCUGAAUGGACCCCAUAGUCAAUGCUAUUGAAAGUUGUGGGGAGAUCUAGGAGAAUCAACAGGGUGACACAUUCUCCCAUUUAUCUCCUGAUAAUGGUAAUCAGGGUGACCAAGUGGUGUGUCAGUGCUGAAGCCAGAUGGAAAUGGGACUACGUAACUGCUGCAUCCAGGACCAUCUACUGCUGGCUGUCCACCACUCUCUCAAUCACUUUGCCCAGGAAAGGGACAUUCAUGGUAGGGUAGUAGUUGGCCAUUUACCCCAGAGGCCAAGGAAGGGGCAGCACUAUCCCUCCUGCAAUGAGGCAUUAAUCGCUUCCUUGACCCACCCCCUUGACCUUACAAGCCGUGAUGGGCAAGGAUGAUAGGACCAGAAGCAGCCGUCUUGCACCAAGUCAGGCAUUUGGACCAUCUAGUUCAGUAUUGUCUACUUGGAUUGGCAAUGGUUCUCCAGGGUUUCCGGCAGCCUUGCCUGUAGAUGCCAGGGAUUGGACCUGCGACCUUCUGCAUGCAAAGCAGUUGCUGUACCUUGAGCGAUGGUCCUUCCCCAUGAGGUGGAUCAUCUGUUGAUUUCCUUGAAUGCCAGAUCUCACAUCCCAGGAAGUGAUUAGCAGGCAGCUGCAUGUGCUUGUUUGUUUCUGCAUGUGGGUGUCUCAAGUUUGUUUGCUUUAUUCGCUUACAGUUGGGAUAAGUUUAAAGAAGGCUGUAAUUCCAUGAUUAAAGGUCACUGGCAUUUUUCUGUUAUAAACCUCUAUUUUCAUCAAUUUAUAACUAAGCAUGCGUGUGUGUGGAGGGGAAUGUUUUCAUGGAAGUAUUUGGCAAACAACAUGAUCACAGGCCCUGGUAGUGCUUUUCUCUUUUGCUCAAAUGAGGUAGCAGAAGAGGGGUGUGGAACUGAAAUUUACUUUCCGAUUUACAUGGCAGUACUUUUUUUUAUUUUGGGGGGAGGGUGGGAAUGGCUGGUUUUACAAGCUGUUUGUUCUUCUUUGGCAACACCUGAUAAAUGGAAAAUGCUUGAGGCUCUUAGGCUUUCAUGUAAACUGUUUCCUUGUUGAUAUAAUUUAGCCAUAGUGCUCACCACUUCACAGAGCUAAUACCUAAUUCAAUAACCAGUCAUUAUCUUUAAUCAUCAGACAUGCAUUUUUGCUGGAUCAAAUUUAGGAAGAAAUGUUACAUUGACAGCCCAUCAGACAACAGCUUUGUGCAGCAUUAACUGCCAAAUUAAGACAUUUUCUUAAAAGAAAUUUCCUCUAGCUUUUAAUUUUCAUAUUUAAAUUCUGGCUUAAGUUUAAAUGCGAUUUUUAAAAUUUAAGUUCUGGUUGACAGGAGUGAUUUUUCCUCAGGUUUGUUCUCUACUUUUGCCAAUUGUACAUUUUGAUGUUUAUGUAUUUAAAUUUUGAGUGCCGCUUUGAGCUUUUCAAGGAACAGAGGUUAUUUAAUAUUGUGUAAGAAAUUCCUGCUAUUCUGAUCCUACAGGCACUAGUCUGUUACACCCCAGUUUCCUGAGCAGUGAGAAGUUCAGGGGCAGCACAGCAAGAUUUGAGGUUGUUUUCAAUCUAGAACUUGAGUAGACCCAUUAAAUUAAUGGAACUAGAAGAAGAAGAAAAAGAGUUUGGAUUUGAUAUCCCGCUUUAUCACUACCCAAAGGAGUCUCAAAGCGGCUAACAUUCUCCUUUCCCUUCCUCCCCCACAACAAACACUCUGUGAGGUGAGUGGGGCUGAGAGACUUCAGAGAAGUGUGACUAGCCCAAGGUCACCCAGCAGCUGCAUGUGGAGAAGUGGAGACGCGAACCCGGUUCACCAGAUUACGAGACUACCGCUCUUAACCACUACACCACACUGGCUCCACCAUUUUGAUUUCACUGCAGAUCCACUCCAUUUAAGAAUAUCCAACACACAUUAAAAGCACAUGGAUUCAUCUAAUGAAUUCUGGGAACUGUAUUUGCUUCUCAGAGGGCUCCAGUUCUUAGCACCAUUAAACUACAGUUCCCACAAUUCUUUAAAGUCAUGUGCUUUAAAUGUCCAUUAGAUAUACAGCAUGUGUUGUUUCUCAGUGGGUCUACUCUGGGUAGGACUACCAUUGGAUACAACCAUUGGAUGAGAGAAUAUUGGAUAUAUUUUUUAUUUAUAGGUUGUAGUCUAGCAGCAUCUGGAAUGCAUCACAUUGGUGACCCCCUACAAUAUGCAAUAACAUGUUCCUGACCUUUGACUCCACUUGUACACGCAGGUUUACGGGUGUGUGCCUGUGCCAGUCAAUGUGACAAGAUUUGGCUCAUAACGGUUGAAAAUUAUUAUGACAAUAAAAGCUUUAUGCACGUUUUGAACGCAUCCUGUUUAAAGUAUGAUACGUUUAGCACACUUCAGAUCCUCUUGCUUCUUUCACAGAUGUGUUUAUAUCACGAAUGUGGCAUUUGCCUUGUAAGCGCAAUUAUCUGAUAAUCAUGGAAAACCUCAAAAUGCAAUGCCCUUUUGUCAGGAGGGCUUCCACUUAUAAGAAAAAGCACUUUCUGAAAGGGGUGGGGGAUGUUAUUUAGCAGAUGUGAAAGUUUUGCCUUUAUAUUUAAAUAAAAUAGGUUUAUGUUCUCUGCAAGUGUGGGCCUAGCUUGGUCCAAGGAAGGUUUAGCCUGCCAGAUGCCGUAUGUGAUCAGAGAUGUUGUGCAGCUGUUUCCCAUUUCUUUUUACACCGCUCACAUAAAUGCAUAGUAACUGUACUGGAUUUUUUUUUAAACUGUACUUUAGCAGUCAUUGAAGGAUGUUACUACAUGGGAUUUAAUUUAACUUGCAAAGCAGUUUGUGGCAAGGGAGGUGACACCCACGAUGGUGGAUGCGAGAGAUAUACCCAAAGGCACAGCAUUGUGAGGCUCAUUUCCCCUUCAGAUUCUAGAGACAAAAAUUUAAGACACCUGCCCCCAGCCCCCCAGUGUGAGCCAUGUCAAAAUAUGUGCCUUGGGUAAACAAUGAUGCAUUUGGUUGUGUGCAUUUUGAGAGUUCCACUUGUGGAAGAUUUUGCAGUCAAACAUAACAGUGCAUGCCUAUGCUUUUUAGUAAAUUAAGGGGGUUAAGGAUCAUAGAGCUGUGAAUUGCUAAAGAAGGCAUGGCUAGGUCGUGCUCCCUCACUUUUGGGGAGGUAGGAAGUAAGGCUUCUUUCUUUCUUUCUUUCUUUCUUUCUUUCUUUCUUUCUUUCUUUCUUUCUUUCUUUCUUUCUUUCUUCCUUCCUUCCUUUCUUUCUUUCUCUCUCUCUCUCUCUUUCUCUCUUUCUCUCUUUCUCUCUCCCCCUCUUCACUUUGAACCACGUAACUGAGCAGACAUCUGAGGCUGGGGCUCCAGACUCAGACCACAUGUUUGAGACCAACUAAUGUAUUUUAUAACCAGGAGUACCUUCCCUGUGUUGUUUCUGCUGUAGGGUUGAACAGUGCUCUGAUUAUUGUAAGUAAAGCAUUUAAACUUACUUAAGGUUGUGGACUAUUCACUCAGAGAAGGGUAGAGGUGGGGGAGCACAUUUGAGAGCACUUAAUACUGGGACAUUUUGAGCUCCAACAACCUAUAUUUUCAGCACUUUGCAAACUCUGCACAUAUUUCUGUUUUAAACUCUGCUGGGGGGUUUUCCGGCUCUUUUGAAUUUCAGGCAGUCAGCAGUUUAUUCUUUUGUACUUUCCCACACACGUGGGACUUCAGGAUUAACUAAUAUUCCCCAGUUAUUUCCCAACGCUUGUCAGUGUCCUCUCCGACAGAAAGCAGUUCCUGACUCCUACUCAGACACCUGUGCUGCAAGUCUUGUCUUCUGUCUGCACAAAUCUUCCCCUCCUCAUUGAUACUUCCAUGGUUAAUUGGGACUUAAUGAAAUGAAGGUCAUAGUUAUGAAGGCAUAGACCUUUUAAAUGGCUAGAGCUUCAGAUAUUGAAGCAAGAACCUUAUGUUUGACCAUGCUACAGCAACUUUUACAGUCUGCUUGCUCAUGUUGCUCUGGUCGAGGAGAGGGAAGGGAACCUGUGGUCCUCCACAAGCUGAACUACAACUCCCUUCAUUUGUGACAUGUUUGAAUUUAGCAUACUGGCUUUGCAUACCGAACUAGGCUUGAUUAUUUGUGGUAACUACUUCACAAUAGCUUAAUUCUACCCUAUGGCUUUUUGAAUUCUUUGGAUAGCCUUAUUAGUCAAAUCUGAAAUCUUUACUUGUCAUAUGCCCAUCUUCGUUUUCUUUCUGAAUUUCCCAAGUUUUUGUGCUGGUUCUGGGGGGGUUACCAUGCGGUGUGGUCUGAGUCCGGUCCUGGGUCGAGGGUCUGGAGGCUGUCUGUCAAGGGUGAAGCGGAGUCCAAGGCAAGGAGCCGGGCGUGGUCAGGAACUCCAGAAGAGCAGGUCAGGGUGGUGGCAGGAACAGGUUUCCAGCAAUGUUGCUCCCGCAACCUGGGACUGGGCUGACUGGCCUUUAUCUCCUCUGAGGCCAGGGGUGAUCCCGGCCCACAGAUGAUUCGCCUCUCCUGGCCUUAAGGUGAGCUCUCCUCCUGAGAGAACUUAGUUCCCUCCGCCUCUCUGCCCUGAGCCUCUGCAGCUCAGGAGAGGCGGGAGGGUUACUGGACCCAGAGGCAACCUCACCUUCCCCUGACAGGGCUGGGAGAGGAGCACCUGCAGGCAAUGGGUCCUCAAUCACCUCCGGAGCCAGAGUGGAUUCAUCUGGUGUCUGCUCCUGAGGAUCUGGCACAGGUGCGGGCCCUUCAGAUUCAAGGACCUGCCCCGGCUCAGCUGGCCCUGGAGGCGGGGACUCCUGUGCAGGCUGGGAUUCUUCAGGUUCAGCCUCUGAAUCAGAUUCCCAGGCCAUCACAGUUUUAGUUUCUCUCCCCCCCCACCCAAUUGGCUUCUGUCUAAGGCAGGGUUUCCCAAACUUUGGUCUCCAGCUGUUUUUGGACUACAACUCCCAUCAUCCCAAGGUAGCAGGACCAGUGGUCAGAGAUGGUGGGAAUUGUAGUCCAAAAACAGCUGGAGACCCAAGUUUGGGAAACUCUGAUAUAAGGCAAGCUGUGAUCCUCCAGAUGUCCCUGGACUACAACUUCCUUCAUUGACAAUGCUGGCUGGGGCCUAUAGGACAUAAUCUGAAGAACUUCAAGUUCUGAACCUCUGGUCUAAGGCCAUGGUUGAAAAUGGGUUUUUCCUGAAGGGAUGUUUAAAGAAAGGAAUGAUAGUGGGGUGUCACUGGCCAAACCCCACUUCUCAAAGUAGCCUGCCAACAAGACAGAUGGUCAUAGCCAAGCAUCCCCUCUAGACUGGUAACUCUGGAGCAGAUUUGCCACAGGUGCUGCCAGUCACCAAGCCUUAGGUACACAGAAGCUGCCUUGCAGAGGUAGACCAUUGGUCCAUCUAGCUCACUGUUGUCUACAUUGGCUGGCAGCAUCUUUCCAAAGUUUCAGAUAGGGGUCUCUAACAGGAGAUACCAGGGAUUGAACCUGGGGCAUUCUGCAUGCAAAGCAGUUGGUUUUAGAUAGUAAUAAUAAUAAUAAUAAGUUCACAAAUAUAUGUUUUGGCUGUGUAAACUAUUUUUGGAGGAGGUAUGAUCUAUCUGAGUAAUCACGGAAUAAUUAUUCUUAAUUUCCCAAAGUGGUAGUGGUGGUGGGGAAAUUAUACUGGGCCCACAUGUUUCCUGACAAAUAUCUACUCUUUAAUCCUAACACUGUGGGAACACCUUGUGGUUAUUAUUGGUGGUUUGACAAGCACUCUGCACAUAUUCUGAAUUUUUCUUCUUUUUUAUAACUUGCCCACUCCUGGACUCAUCCCUAGUACCUCAGGUUACAUACGCCUCAGGUUUCAUACGCUUCAGGUUACAGACUCUGCUAACCCAGAAAUAGUGCUUCAGGUUAAGAACUUUGCUUCAGGAUAAGAACAGAAAUCGGGCUCCGGUGGCGCAGCGGCAGCAGGAGGCCCCAUUAGCUAAAGUGGUGCUUCAGGUUAAGAACAGUUUCAGGUUAAGUACGGACCUCCGGAACGAAUUCAGUACUUGAAACAAAACUCUUUGGGGCAGUGCCCCAGAGUGGGAGCCCUAGCACAAAUUAUCUUUUAUUUAUUUACACACUUUUCUGUUUCAGGAACUGCUCACAAGUGGAUUUCCCGAAUUUGUUAAAAUAGUAGAAGUCGGGCCUAGAGAUGGAUUGCAGAAUGAAAAGGUAAGUGGACAAUGUGAGCUGAAGGGCUGAGUUACGCAUGAAAGCCAGGAAGUUUAAAGCAUGAAAUGGAUCUUCUGAAAUACGUAUGACUGAAGUGCUUCAGUGUGUGCAUGAACUUUGGUUUCAAACGCACACAAACACAUGUGUAGUUAAUUGAUUAUGGAGGGCUUCUAAUAUCUUUCUACAGCAUUUCUACAGCAGGCGGGGGGAAGCUGUAGCCAGGAGCACUGGCAGGCAGCAGGGGCCACCACAGACUUGGCUUCCCAGCACAUUCAUUGUUACCAUGUACCUGGAUGUUGCGAGGGCAGCGUGGGAACAAAGUUGGGGGCAGGGGCACUGCUGGUGUGCUCACAUUGCCCUGACCUCCCCACCUCCCUGUCAAACUCAUAUCCUUGUAGGUGUGCCAAUUUGCUUUUGCCUGAAAAAAAAUAGCACCCGUCUGCAGUAUCUGCCAUUUUUAUUUUAGAGCGUUAAAAAUACCUGUUAUUGUUGUUCAAAACGCUUUUGCCGCAUGCUACAUUUUGUACCAAUACCGGUCUCCCCCUUACUUUCCCACAGGCUAUAGUCCCUACAGAUGUCAAAAUUGAAUUCAUCAACCGACUUUCCAAAACAGGCUUGCCUGUCAUAGAAGUGACGAGCUUUGUUUCUUCGAAAUGGGUACCUCAGGUAGGUAAAUUGAAAAAUGCAUCGUACAGAAGGAUCCAGCAUUUUUAUGCUAUGUAGGUUUCCCAUAGCAGGAAUGUCUUUCUGAACCAUCACCCCCCUACACCUUAUGCCUUAUACCUGCUAGUCACCUCCCACCUGACUUUGCCCUGCCUUGUCCACACUUGGCACUCAGGACAGAGGAACGUAGCAGCUGCUUUAUGCCGAAGAAGAAGAAGAAGAAGAAGAAGAAGAAGAAGAGUUUGGAUUUGAUAUCCCACUUUAUCACUACCCGAAGGAGUCUCAAAGUGGCUAACAUUCUCCUUUCCCUUCCUCCCCCACAACAAACACUCUGUGAGGUGAGUGGGGCUGAGAGACUUCAGAGAAGUGUGACUAGCCCAAGGUCACCCAGCAGCUGCAUGUGGAGGAGCGGAGACACGAACCCGGUUCACCAGAUUACGAGUCCACUGCUCUUAACCGCUACACCACACUGGCUCAAUUGGUCCAUCAUUACGUGCAGUGUAAAUUAAUAACACAGACUCUUCUUCGGUAAAAGAAUAAAAGCUUUACUGAGUUAAAAUGAACUUGUUUGCAAAUAACAGCAUGGUGAACAGAAGAUUAAACUAGCUUCAGAGCAUACACGGAGUUAUUGAGUCACACAUUACACAUCAACAGUCUCCACUGAGCACAAGCUUCACAGAGCACAGGCUCCACCACUCACAGACACACAGACUGAGUCUGCCUGCAAGCAGAUACAGUCAAACCUCAUUCUGCAUCUGCUUCCACUUGCGUCCACUUCGGCGAACAUCCACAGCAAACCCAGAAGUACCAGAACGGGUUACUUCCAGGUUUGCUGCUUGCGCACGCACAGUAGCGCUAAAUCGCGCUUCAAUGUGUGUCAUUUUCGGCUUGUGGGCGGGCCUCCGGAAUGGAUCCCGUCCACAAAACGAGGUUUGACUGUACUUAUACAGAGAAUGAGUCAUCCUCAAGAUGAGUCACAGUGAUUCAGCAUGCUAAAUGAUUCUGCAGCUUUUCAGCAUUUCACAACAUUUCUAGACUCCUUUACUGCUUCCGCUCUCAAAUACCUUUGUCACAUGACACAUCAAGCUCAGUCUUGUUUACGCUGACCAGCAGUGGUCCUUUAGCAUUCUACAUGGGAGUGUCUCCCAGCUCUACCUGCAGUUGAUGGGCAUUAAACUCAGGGUCUUCUGCUGGCAAGACACCACUGUUGUCAUUCCAUAUUUCUAUGUGGAGCCUCUAGUGCUCAGUUGAUGUCAAAUCUGACAUUUUACUAUUGUAGCAACAAGGGAGCAGAGCCUGGUUUAAAUCAGCUGGCCCAAUGAGUUGGAAUAAGAAUUAAAUGUUCAUUCAGUGGAGGUGCAAAAGCAAUCAGCCACUGUGGAUAUCAAAUCCAUCUGUCUUCAGUAAGCUUAUAAUAGCAAGUAAUUGACCAAAGUGAUCCUCAAUAUACCAAAAGCCUUCAUUUAUUUCGGACAAUUUCCUGGACUGAAUGGGACUUGGCAGCCCUUUCUGUAUCAAUAAUGUUAAUUGGGUGAAACAGAAAUAUUCCUGGUGUUGCACUUUGCUGGGAAGAGCCUAGUAUUAGUAGUGUGUGUCAUGCCACAGAGAGAUUCUGUGUUAGUUUCCUGUCCUCACUCCUCAUGAGAUUAAUCUAUAGAGUAAAUGUUGAUUUUUAUCAUAAAGUUACCAAGCAAUGAAUGGCCUUUGAGAUAGGUAGGUCUGUGUCUGUUAACUAUAUUAGGAUCCCAGAAUGGGUUUGAAUUUAGGUAGUUUGUUGGUGAAGAUUGUGGCCUGAAUUUGGUGUCUUAGUUACUUAAUUGGCGCAGCUUGACAGCUGCGUCAGUCAAUGCAGAGCUAAAAUGCAAGCUCCACCUGUAUCCCAACUCUUUCCUCACUGUGCCAAAUUUGAAGAAAAAGAGACUUUAAAAUUUUGUAUGUAAAGGUACCAGGGCAAUUUGCCUUUCAGAUGGAAAUGCCUACAUCUGUCUUUCUAAUAAUGAAGGCUUUGCAGACCACCAGUUUUUCACUACACUGAUGGAGCUUGAACUUUUAUUACUGCAAAGGUGUCUCUGGUGUGUUGCUCCCAUGAGGGAUAUUCUACAUUCCCAAAUAUUCCUAAAAUGGGGAAAAUAUAUGGGAGUUCCAUGAGUUCCAUUUCCUGGCAUACAGUUAGGUCAGUUGCUCUACUCUUAAAACUUUAAUACAGAACUUGUUUUGGUCCAAACAAUGCCACAGUCCAAAUGGGGAUGACUAGCAGGCCUAAAUAGUCCUGCAGAAUAGAAGUUAUCUACUGCUGCUUUAAUGAAAAGCCCGAAUAAUCUUCAAAACCCAGGCACAACAUGAAAGCGGGCAGGUGGGGAUGGCGGUAAAGCAAGUGGUUACUUUGUCCCAUCUAAAAACCUAAGAUACUUCUUCCUGACCUCAGAUGCAGGAAGCUACAGCCGACAAGGCCAAGGAAGUCCUACUGAAAGCAGAGAAUAUGACAGAUCCUGCCCCUUGAGCUCUUCUCCAGCCCCAGACUUCGCAGCAACUAAGCAGACCUCCGAAAGCAUAUUAGUGAUUUUAGCUGAUGCCAUGGUAAUCUAUUUUAAAUUAAAAGAACUCAUCUCAGUGCCCUCCUGCCUGAGAUGAAAGCCACCUUAAAAGAGACAGCUGCUGCUGCUGCUGCAGACUGCGCUCUAGAACUCAAUCUCACUUUUCAGAAUGGAGGCCAAGAACGGCAAAUAUCAGGUGAAAGUUGGAGGACCUGGAGAGUUUAAGUUGAUCCAAAACGUUUUGGUUUUUUUGCAUUUUAGGGGGUUGAGGGAGGGAGAACAGGAUCUGGAAUCAUUCUUGUUCACCUGCUUAUUUAAACCUCUGCCGCCAGAAGAUGGAUAGAGUGCCGCUUGUAGAAAAAGACCCACCCCGUUAAGCCAAACCAGUGUCUACAGGGCUCUGUUGCGAAAUUAUAACAUGAUUGCACAAAGGAGGACAUUCUCAGCGACUGGUUUCCUUUCAUGAGGUUCCCAUCCAAGUAGUUCAAGAUUUAUUGCCUAAUACCCUGAACUGCAAACAAUGGAUGAAACCAAUCACUGGGAAGCCUAACGGGAGGAACAGCUGGUGAAGAGCAGAUCAGGCCGCUCUGGGCAGCGCAGGAGGGGCCAAGCAGCGUUGUCAGACGUUUGCAAUGAGGGAUCAUGGGGCUGGCAAGCUCCUUGACCCCCCAGCUAUAAAGCAUGAUGACUCAGAACAGUUCAGGAGAAAAUCUGGUCUUAGCUUGAAAUCUUGGUUGUAUGCAGUGCUUAAAACAGUUUUCAGCAGGCAUAGGCAGACUUGGCCCUCCAGAUGUUUUGGGACUACAAUUCCUAUCACCCCUGACCACUGGUCCUGUUUGCUAGGGAUCAUGGGAGUUGUAGUCCCAAAACAUCUGGAGGGCCGAGUUUGCCAAUGCCUGGUUUUCAGGAAGAGUUAAUCAACCCCCGCAGCACACAUGCAGUGGUCCCAAUCAACAUCACCACCCCUUCACUAUUUGAAAGGGGGCGCGGGCGCAGGAUUGCAUGCCCUCCAACAUGUACAGGUCAAAAACCGGGAUGCACGUUUUCCAGGCCAUGCUCCUGGGUGAGUGACCCAUGCAAGACCACGGCCAAAGCACUUUUUCGGGGCAAGAUUGUGGUGCCCAAAAUGACCACCAUGCUCUUGCGUGACAAAACGGGGUGUUUUCCCGGGACAGUUGAGGGGUAUGGCAUUGUAUUCAUGCAUCUCUGUCAUAAUGUAUAGUUUGGCCCACACAAAGGAGGGAAAUCUGCCAAACCUGGUGAACUGUCUUGCUAUCUUAUGUUCCCCAUAUUUUCCUAGAAGCUCACACUAAAAACUCUGUCUAGCUCACUACGCUAGAAUAAAUUACUCCAGCUCAUGUUGUACUCCAUCUUUCCCCAACCUGGUGCCCUCCAGCUGUUUUUUGACUACAGGUCCCACUUUUCCAGAUCAUUGGCUACACUGGCAGGGGCUGAUGGGUGUUGGAGUCCACAAACAUCUGGAGGGCACCAGGUCAGGGAAAGCUGAAUCAGAACAGAGGACAAGGUUGUUCCUUUAAGGAAUAUCUACAAUCUAAAGCAACCAUAUACCUCCCUUUUCAUUCCCCCCCCUGAUUUUUUAUUUUUUGGAAAUGUGUUUUUCAUUUCUUCCUUUUCCUGUGAGCCCUUUUGGGUAGCAAAUUUGGCCUGGGCUUUUUUGGAUGUUGGGAGAGGGGAUUUUAUUCCCAUUUCAAGCCUGAGUGUUUUGUUUGAAUAGCUUAGUUGAUAUUUAGAUUACAUUCUGUUUAUAUGCCAUGGCCAUGUUAACUUGGAGAUGGAGUUCAAAAUUCUUAGCGCACUUUAUUUUCUCUGGUCCUGAGAAUAGAUUGACUAGUUAUGUUUCCAUCUCCUUUCUGUCUGUCUGCCUUGCAUUUUAAAGCCCUUUUACCAUUUCCCUGCUAAUGUUUUGUUUGGCAGAGACCUUCUGACUAGAAAAAGCCAGAAGAAGUAGGAAAAAAAGGAGUUCUGCAGUAGCAAAGGUGCCAUCUAAAACAGGAUCCCACACCUAUAGUCGAAAUCGCCAAGAAUGAUAAAGGGCUGCCAUUGAAAGGCUUAUUGCUUAAGUAUCCUGUUGCACUUUGAAAGUUAAUUGCCUAAAUGUUAAAAGUACAUGUUAAAGUAAGAGUCUGCUUACAAGGAAAAUAUUGAGGGGACAAAUGCAUUAUAUAAACCUUAUUUGCAAUGAUUAAGUUUCAUGGAGCUUAAAUUGCACCUUCACUUUAGCCUGUUAAUUGUAUUUUCAGUUACCGGUAUGCUGUAAAAAGUGCAGGAUUUUGUCACAUUGGUGUACCAUUACAUUAAUGGUUUCAAAGGUUUUCCUUAUUUGGUUUCCUUAGCCUAGGAAGUGUGGGCAACAUUCUUUGUUUAAUUAAGGGAUUAAAGGUUUGGGAAGCAGAAGUCAGGGUUCAUUUCUGUGAUUAUUUACUUACCCCACUUCGGUCCUGCUUUCUUAGAAUGCAAGUAGAUACCCUGCCAGGUAGCAAUAAUAUAAUACCAAUCCUAUAAAGCGUUAGAAAUAUUUAAAACAACAGGAACAGUGCAAUCCUAUACACGGCUACUCGGAAGCAAGCUCCGUUGAAUCCGGUACAACUAAGGCUAUGUAUAUAAGAUGCCUUCAAAACACACUUUAAGCACAUUCCCCUCCACCACCCUCAAAGAAUUCUGGGCAUUGUGGUUUGUUAAGGGUUGCUGGGACUUGUAACUCUGUGAGGGAUGAACUACAGUGCCCAGAAUUCUCGGAGGGUCGGAAUGUGCUUUAUAGUGUGUUUGCAGCCCUGCUUUCAAAUAAGUGCACAUAGGGUUUUAGCCUGGAAAUAUUAGAUCACAAGGGUUCUGUAGGCUGGAGAGGGGAAAAAAACAGGAAUGAGAAAUCACCUAGUGCCACAGGGAUAAAAUGUGAAGGUUUUUACGCAACGUAAAAGCAGUUAUUGAGUUGAAUCCAGGACCCACCCACCCCCAUGAUUGAAAAUCUACUCAUGGGAUGCUCCACUGAAGGAGGGAGGCAGGUGUAUGUGUGUGUAUUUAAAAAUUGGGGUUUUCUACAGAAAUGGUAAAUCCAGAUUAAAUAGGACAUAAUAUGGGGUGGCAUUUUGAUGAGGAUGAUGUCAUGAGCCUUUUAAAAUGCCACAUUUAUUCACCUCCCUACAAGGACGAAACUGCAAAGGGAUCAGCUUAUCUGAGCACACAAUACGCUGCUGUGUAGAAGUGCCCAAAGUCUCUUAACAAUGAAGUAAUAAAUAUAAUAAUAAUAAUAAUAAUAAUAAUAAUAAUAAUAAUAAAAUUAGCAUGCAUAAUCUUUCCUCGCCCAUGGCUUUGAAAUACACACAAAAAAAGAUGAGAUGAGGCCAUUAAAUAAGCUAUUUUAUUCCUUUAAAAAAACUUCUUUAAAAAAUUAAAAAAUGCUAUUGUUUUCAUGCUAAACAUAGGUACCCAGAGAUCCAAACAAUCCAGUCCUUUGCAUAAAGCAGCCUUUCUCAACCUGUGGGUCCCCAGAUGUUGUUGAACUACAACUUCCAUCACCCCUAGUUAGCAAGGCCAGAGCUCAAGGAUGAUGGGAGUUGUAGUCCAACAACACCUGCGGACCCACAGGUUGAGAACCGCUGGCAUAAAGGGAAGGGGCAAAAUUGGACAUGGAAGUUCAGUCCAUUUUGGUGCAAAGAUCACUUCUAUGUGACUUCUUGUGAAAUGAACAAAGUUUUACUUUAUUGAUAUUUAAUUGUGUUCAGUCCUGUGUUUCUACAUCAUUUUUUUAAAACCCCCCGGUUCAGUUACCUGGUCAGUAACCAAUGAAUAAGUACCUGAUACUGUCAUAUGACUUUAAGAAACUAAAGCUACAUUUUGUCUUUUAAGAUGGCUGAUCACACAGAAGUCAUGAGAGGAAUAGAAUGCUAUCCUGGAGUCCGUUAUCCAGUCCUUACCCCUAAUCUUCAAGGCUUCCAUUCUGCUGUACGUAUACUGCAUGGCUUUAUCUUUCAGUGAAGCUCCAGGGUCUUAAACAUAUUUAGCUAUUUUUAUCAGAGGUCAAGAUUGCAUGAUCUAACCCUAUCCGUGGCAUAAAUCAGGCUUCAAGAGGCCUGGAGGGUUGCCAACAUUAGAGCAGGCCUUCUCUGUGGUGGCUCCCUGCUUGUGGAAUGCUCUCCCCAGGGUAGCUCGCCUGGUGCCUUCAUUUAGGUGCCAGGCAAAAACUUUUCUCUGUAACAGGCCUUCAACCUGAUUGAACAUUCUGUGCCCUUUAAAAAGUGUUUGUGGGAGUGGGGGGUUAUUGGUUUGCUUUUCUUCUUGGUUUAUUAUAUAUUUUGUGUUCUCAUUUUGCAUUUUUAUGUUGUGGACUGCCCUAUGAUCUUCAAAUGAAGGGCAGUAUACAAAUUGAAGAAACAAACAAAGAGAAAUAAAUAAUCAGAAAUCUAUGCUAAAUUUCACAUGAACAACUUCAACUCAGUACAUAACAAGAACUUUUGCUGGAUAACAAGGGGGGUCUGCAACAAAAUGUGGCUGUGUUGAGUGCUGCUGUUCAGGAUUCCAGCAACUCAAUUGCACACAUCCCUUUCCAUUUCUUUGCUACCAGCAAUGCAUGGUCUCUGAACACAUUCAGCCCUCAUUGGGCUGUUUUUGGAGUCCCUUUCCUAAAAACAGAUUUGUAGCUCUUCAGGGUUUCUUCAAUCCUAUUUGUGGAUGUUGUGCCCAUGUGUAUAUCUGUGUGAUCCUGAAACAAAAGGUGAGGAAGAAAUUAGUUUCAGUUUGCAUUCAAAUACUAAUCUUUCUAAUUCGCUCUUCUUACAACAACAUGUGAGCUGAAACAGCUGCUUGUCAAAGUUUGCACUUCCCUGAAUUUUGAGGUGCAGUUCUGCAACUGAAGAAUUGUUUAAGAAUGCAUAAAAUAGAGGGGACGUGUGCAUAUAUUAGUAAAAAAUAUAUAUGCAUAAAUGCAUUGUAUUGGAGCAGGCAUAGGCAAACUCGGUUCUCCAGAUGUUUUUGGCCUACAACUCCCAUCAUCCCUAGCUAACAGGACCAGUGGUCAGGGAUGAUGGGAAUUGUAGUCUCAAAACAUCUGGAGGGCCGAGUUUGCCGAUGCCUCUAUUAGAGGGAAUGGCUUAUAAAAUUACAUAUAUUGGGCAAAAUUGCAUACAAAAAUGUGUAAAUCAGGAGAAAUGCACAAUAAAAUGCUGACAAAUUCUAAUGAGGACAACAUGGAAACUGAUGUGGAAAUGUGGAACUUAUUUGGAGACUGGUCAAAUGAGAAACUGAGAUAAAAUGAAAUCGACAGAAUCGCCCACCCCUGGUGUGGGAAGACUUGAAUUGGUAAUAGAGGGAAUGAUGUCAACUACACAUUUUCUAAGUUGACAUUAUGGUUUCUGGUGUCUUCUUAAAAAUGAAAUGCCAAAAAACAAUCUGUUACACCUCAUCUUUGCUUUCCACCUGCAUUUGACAGCUUUCUGUGAUCUAGGCACAGGUAGGAGUGUUUACAAAAAACAGGACCGUCUUAUUUCUAGAAUUCUGCUUUAGUAGGGUUGCCAUACAUCCAGACAUAGCUGGUAUUCUGGAUAUAUGGCAGCCCCUGCCGGUAGUGUAGAUUUUGGCAAUUUUCAUUAGCAAAACUAGAAAAGCUCAACAACUUUUGUGUCCAGAUUUUCACUUUUUGAAAUACGGCAACCCUAGCUUUAGAGGAGAAAAGAGAUUUAAUUCACAUAAACAGUUAAGGCUUUUCUGUGAGCCCCGUAGUGACUGUGCAAAGUGCAUGGCCUUCUGCCUCAAAACCUUCACUUGCUUCCAUGUGGGAAACUCAUCAUCUAGAGGACUCCCAUUUAUUUCAAUGACACAGGUUUGCUCGAAAGGACAUUUAGAUAAUUUUAGGGCCGGUGCCUCACUUGUGCUUUCGUAACUCAUUUUAAACAUGUGGAGAAAGAGGCUUUCUGUAAAGCAAAAUCAUUGUUGCUUCCUGGAGUGAUCAUUAGGAUAAUAGCGUCAUGAACCAACAGAGGCAAUGAGUUUAGUUUAUUACAGCCGCAGUGCAAAUGCACGUUUCCAGGAGAGUAAAUCCCAUGCAACACAGUGGGACUUGCUUUGAAGUAAACAAACAAGUAUGGUGUGACACCAGUUGAAGUCAUUUUCCAUUUAAAUCAAUGGGAAUGAUUUCUUCUGGACCAACCUUUGUUAGCUAAUGCUUCAGAUAGUAGGCUUACUGCUAAACAUAGCAUGCACAAAGAAAGAAAGAUGUAAAGUUAUUUACUGGGGAAGGGGGAAUAAACAAAGCCCAACCACAUUUGUUCUGUUUUUUGGUCCUGUUUGAUUUUUAGAUUGCUGCCGGUGCAACAGAAGUGUCCGUCUUUGGUGCAGCUUCUGAGUCUUUCAGCAAAAUGAAUAUUAACUGCAGCAUUAACGAAAGCAUGGAAAGAUUUGAAGAUGUCGUGAAGUCUGCCAGGAAGAUGGACAUUCCAGUGCGAGGGUAAAAUGAAAAAGCUAGCUAGCUAGUUUAACCAAGCUAGCAAAUUUGUGAAAGCUGCCUAUAAGUUCAUGAUGUUGAGAAGUUUUUUUUUAGAAACAGAAAUGGACUGUGGCGCGUAUGAUGGGGGGAACAGAGGAAGGACUCGCUUGCUGUGUUCAAUUCAGGAGUGGCCUGGGGGGUGGCUAGGCCACAGCUGGACUGGCACACAGCUGGUAGAGCCAAAUGGGCUUUGCUGGUAUGCCUGCACAGCCCUGAUCUCGCCACCUGUAGUCACACCAUCCAGAUCAGAGGCAGAUUUAGGUCCGGUUCACCUGAGCUGAAGGGGCGCUUUUGCCUUUCCCCCUCAUUCCCAAGUAAGCCUAGUAAGCGCUGGGCUUAGAGAAGGAGCCUUGAGGGCUCUGACUGGGUCCUAGAGUCCUCAACGCUCCUUCCCAAAGCCUAGUUGGCACUUGCCCAGCUUUGGGAAAGAGGUAGGAGGGCUCUCUCUCUCUGUCAAAUUUUGGCCUUGGAGACUUAUAACCAAGGUUGGGGCCCAGCCAGAUAAGCCCCUGUAGUGCUGCUGCUGUGGGGUGUGUGUUCUUCCGUGGCACAGCCCCACCACACUGUCGUUCCGGGGUUCACUUCCAUAGCCUCAAAAAGUGUGUGUUUAGGACUGUAGCUCCAGUUAUUUCACUUUGCCACCCAACCUCUCUAUGCAACAAAUUCAAGUUACAAGAAAGGAGAUUCCGACUAAAUAUCAGGAAGAGUUUUCUGGCAGUAAGAGCUGUCCGACAGUGGAACUGACUCCCUCAGAAGGUCAUGGACCUUGGAUACUUUAGCUGAGAUUCCUGCAUUGCAGGGGGUUGUACUAGAUGACCCUCGGGGUCCCCUCCAACUCUACAAUUCUAUGAUUCUAUGAAAUGCCCAAGCUUUGUUGCCCCAACAGUAUUUUUUGGGAAAUUGUUUCAGAUGUGGAAGAGGAAGGGGGUGAGGGCUAUUGUCACCCCCUCUUUAUUGUGUUCGUAAGCUGUUGCCAAUAGGUGGAAUAAGUGAAGGGAAAGGGAAUGAGGGCAGAGGCCUUCGUCCUUUUAAUUUGUGUUCCGCAGCAACAUGAAAGGGAAAAAGCUUUGCCGCUGCUGUCAUAAGAAAUGCCCGGUGGCGUUCCCAUUUGCCACGUAACGGCCCAUUGGGAGCAACGCAAAAAAGAAAAAGAAAAAAAGAGCUACUUUCAGAAAUAAUUUUAAAGGUUUCAGUUUUGGUUUUCUGUUUUCACUGGCAACCUGAUGUGUAUGUAGUAAGCGUAAAUCAAUGGCAGUGGGUGAAAUUAAUGGAAAAUGUACUUGAAAACUUCGCUGAGAACUUAAGCUUCACUCUGUUGUUGUGUUGCUACAGCUGGAGCAGCAUUUACUAAAUCAUCACAGAAAGCGCUCUAUGUUGCCCGCUGUCGCACUAAAAUAUUUAAGUAUUUACUGGAAGAAUUCAAGGGCUCAUUUUAAAAAGAAAGGAAGCAAGCCGGUAUGUUCCCUUAGUACUUUUACUGAUUAGUUUUCUAAUGAAGUAAUUAUCAAAUACCUUCACUAAUACCUUAAUUCUAUUAAUUCCACGAAUAAAUUUUUAUGUAUACAGACUCCAUGAUUUUACAGGGACACAUCCAAUGAAGUUGAUUAGAAGUAGAUUCAAGAAGUAGAACAGGCACUCCCCCAAGGCCCUGGUGAGGGAAUCGCGACAUCGGCGUCCUGUCCUGGUGGUUUUGCCUACCUCAUAGCAGUUGUCACAACUGGUUGGGCAUUGUGGCAAUCCUUGUCUUGGAUGGAGGGGAGGUUGUAGUCUCUGCCUGGCCCUCCAAGUGUUGGGGUAUCCCGUUAAAGGGGUGCGGGGGGGUGUUGCCAUGUCCUCAUGCCCAGCUGGGAACCAGGGCCAAUGACACUCCCCCAGACGGUGGUCCCUGCAGGCAUCACCCUAUUUGAUGUAAGUCUUAGGAACCCCCCGCCCAGAUUGACCUAUGUGUCACUUCCGGCAGGCAGGCCGGUAGUGUUUUGAUUGCCCCAUGCCCAAGCCAAACCUCUUUCAUCUGUAUCCAAGAAAGUUGUGGCCUGUUUCGAUCCCCAAACCUGUCUCCAUGUUAUUUUAAUUCUCUGUGGCGUUGGGGACUGGGGAGCACAAUACCUGGACCUGUAGUGCAGAUUUAAUGGACAGUAUUCACUGCAGCAAGAAAUUGUGGUGACCAAUAGCUUAGAUAGCUUAGAAACAGGAACGAGGAAACUGUGGUCCUCAAGAUGUUGUUGAGACUACAGUCACAUCCAGUUAAAGCACUCUUAUAUCACUUUUACAGUCACUUUUACAAAGAAUCUUGGGGAACUGUAGCUCGGUGGGGGGUCUCCAAACAACAAACUCCAAACAACAAACUACAAUUCCCAGGAUUCUUUGGGGGAUGCCAUGACUGUUAAAGUGACAUGAUAGUGCUAUAAAUUUCUGGUGUAGAUGUCUGGUCUACAACUCCCAUUAUCCUUGGCCAUUUUUUUUUUUUUUUAAAGCAAUUUAUUGGGUUUUACAAUAAAAAAUAAACAUAAUAAACAAUAUAACAUUUGUCUUAACAUAGUUUCACAUUUUCUUUGGACUUCCUCACAUCCCCCGCUCCCACUUUCAUCGUUAUAACAUUUUGUCAGCAAUUUAUCAUCUUAUUUAAAUUCUUAUAUCUCUUCAAUGUUUCAUAAUCUUAUAUUUCUCAUAAAGAGUUAAACUUUCACAGUCUUACUUGUUUUCUUAAAAACUUCUAGGUUAAGUGGUGCUCAGUUAUUUAAUCUAGCAUCUUAUUUAGCAUUCACUCAAGUCACAAUAUUUUUGUAGAUAGUUCUUAAAUUUCUUCCAAUCCUCCUCGACAUUAUCCUUGGCCAUUGAUUCUGCCGGCUGCGGCUGAUGGCAAUUGGAAUCAUCUGGAGGAACAGCAGCUGGUUUCUUCCCUUAAAAUGUGUUUUAGGAAAAUCAUAGAAAAUAGAUCUAUCAACAGCUAUUGUUUGCCAUUGUUAUAUGGAGCCUCUACAUUCAAAGGCAUUAUGCCUCCAUGGUUAUACCCAUUGCCCAGGAGGUGCACCAGCAGGAGAUGGCUGUUGCCUUCAUGCCCUGCUUCUGAUAGCUCAGUUGGUUAGAGUGUGGUGCUAAUAACACCAAGGUUGCAGAUUCGAUCCCUGCAUGGGACAACUUCAUAUUCCUGCAUUGCAGAGGGUUGGGCUAAAUGACCCAUAGGAUCCUUUCCAACUCGAGAAUUAUAUGAAUGUUCUAUGAAUGAACUUCAUAAAAAGACACUAAUUGGCUAUUGUGAGCUGUGAUUCAGAGGGGCUGUUCUCUACGUUAUUAACAUUUGGGAACAUUCCAUCAGAUUCUUCUAAUAGCAUCUAUUAGAUGACAAUAGAUGCUGUUAGAAGAAUCUGAUGAGUGUAGUUGCUCCUAUUUUACACAUUAAAUUGCAUUUAAGUCUCUCUGUUUGAGAUAUUGCUGUUCAGAGGUGUAAUUCAGAAUGUGCACAAAAACCCAAGUAUACUGUUGGAUUCAUUAAAUACCAACCAGGGUCAUUCCCCGUAGAAGACUGCAUGUUAUUGGAGUCAGUCGCUUAUGAGUAUUAUUAUUAUUAUUAGGAAAUGUGAAUGUAAUAAAUAGAGAAAAGGUUAAGUAAAUAUAUUGCAGUUAGGCAGGGGCCGGGACGGUGCAGGUGGAUAAAAUGUUAUAGUUUGGUAAAUUCAAUUGCCUGCUUAGCCAGGAAACUCCCUGGGUGGUCUUGGCAAGUAACUGCAUCUCUCUGUCUAAUCUGUUUCACUCGCAGCAUGAUGAAGGGGAAAUGGCUUAAGAAUUGUAAAGCACAAUUUCUGGUUUUUGUAAAUACAUUUACUGAUUGCUAGGAUGCUUUCCAUAGCUCCUUGAUGGUUCCCACCCCACUCCUUCGGGUUCAUGAGAUUCACUUCCUGUCUGUUUAGAGUAGAGCACUGAAAAGCUGUUUGGGGACAGAUGCCUUAGAGCUGGUUAUUCCCUACUGAAGCUGACCUGCUUUAGAACAAAGGCUGGAAGAGUUUUUCUAGAUAAGAUGCUCAUAAUAUGAGAAUGGAGCAUAUUUCAGAGCUCAGGUUAUCCCGGCCAGAUAAAGGAUGAUACUUCUGGGAUGCCUAUGACGAGUUGCUGGUUUCUGAUCCAACCGUCCAGUAGAAAGCCUGCAAUAAAUCGUCAUCAUCAUCAUCUGAGGACUGCAUUCCAGCAGUGGCUGAAGCCAGAGGCAAAAUUGGGUGAAGCAACAAAUGUAAACUUUACUUUUGUGUAGUAGGCUAGUUUCAACACACCCUCAUAGCCUCUCUGAAUCCUCCACCCAAGCAAACAACAAACUCAGAGUGCAGCCAGGCAAAAACACUUGGGGAGGGGUGUCAAUGGCCAGGGAUUAUGGGACUUUUAGUCCAACAAAAUCUGGACUCCUGCAUGUCCCCCUUCCCUGUUUGAGAUGACUGGGCCAAGAUUCAGUUUUAAGAGUCUUUUAUACUUACAUUGACUUUGAAACGCUGCUUUGUAAUGCAAAUUCCGAUGUCUUUUAAAACCAGCUGGCUCUUGUUGUUAAAAACAGAUACGUAACUGUAGCUGAAGAUUUAAGAAAUCUGCUUGAUAUUUUUAAUUGCUAUUUAUCUAUCUUGGAAUGAACAAGGAAGCCCCGUGCUCACUGGAACAUGAGAUUUUCUUGUUGAGUUAUUAAGAGUGCAAUCCUCUAGGAUUUGGAUUUGGAAGAUCUUGAGGCUUCCCAGCUCAGUUGGGGGAAGCCCCUUAAUCCCAACAUAGCUGGAGAUAGCUCUGCCAUUGAAACCUAUGCCAGUGAAACCUAUACCAGCAGCAUAAGUCCUCAAAAGCGAUGUGGCAUGGAGAGGCAAGAAGAGAUACAUACCUAUUCCAAACUCUCUUUAAGUUGACCAUGUGACCCAGGGCCAAGACCAUGUGACUCAGGCCCACAGCUAGCAGCCCUGCUUGUAACUUGGGGUGUAGUUUUAAUUUCUAUGGUACUUUCUUCUAUCUCUGCCAUUCUUCAUUUUCUUUUGUCUUCCCCACAUUUCUUCUUUCUGACAAACAAAACAAAACAAAACAAAACAAAACCCUAAAGUAAAAAGAAAACUGUGUUGCCAUUAGUGUAACCCACCUUAGGUCAAGAUUCACAUCCACAUCAUACAUUGGUCAUUUAAAAUACAUUUAAGGCACAUGGCUUCUCCCAAAGAAUCAUGGAGAAUGAAGCUGUCUUAGGGUGCUGGGAAUUGUAGCUCUGACAGGGGUACACUACAGUUCCCAGGAUUCUUUUUGGGGGUGAGCGAUGACUUUUAAAUGUCCUUUAAAUGGAUGGUGUGGAUGUUAACAAGAAUUGAUCCACCUGCGGUUCACACCAAUGAUUUUACUUCAUUUACUUACAGUAACAUUCAAUUCACGCUCCCUGAAUUUCUAGAAUUCACUGUGGCAUGAAAUGGAAUGGAAUCCAAUGAAAAUAUGUAACAUCAAGUCUGCCUAAAGGAAACCAAAGUUAUUUGCAUCUCUUUAGCAACUGUUAGGUAUUUUUGGGUCAAAUAAAUGGUUACUCAUAAUGGCUACAAUCCAGCACACAUUCACCAAUGCUUGAAGGCCAAUGAAAUCCAAAGGAUUUAAGAGCCUCUUUAAAUAUUUUGUUGAAGUCAGUAAUAUCUCACAUUUGUUGCCGCUGAUUGAAGAGGUAGAGCAAAAAAGCAGUAGGCAGGCUUAUUUUUUUAAAAAAAUUCUUAACCACUUAUUCAUCUAGAUAGAUUUCAGGAUGGUGCACAAUAAUAAUAAUGUUAACAUAACAAUAAAAGCAAAAUGUAACCCAUCAUAAGACAUUAGAAACAAAAAAACAGCAUCUUAUUGUCAAUUGUGAUAAUAGGAUGCUGGACUAGGUGGACAAUUGGCCCAAUACAGCAAGCUUUUCUUGUGUUUUUAUGUUCUUCUUAUUUCAUUAUUAAUAAUGGUAAUCUAUGAGCUGAUUAGGGACGUGGGUGGUGCUGUGGGUUAAACCACAGAGCCUAGGACUUGCCGAUCAGAAGGUUGGCGGUUCGAAUCCCCGUGACGGGGUGAGCUCCUGUUGCUCAGUCUCUGCUCCUGCCAACCUAGCAGUUCGAAAGCAUGUCAAAGUGCAAGUAGAUAAAUAGGUACUGCUCCGGCGGGAAGGUAAACGGCGUUUCCGUGCACUGCUGUGGUUCACCAGAAGCGGCUUAGUCAUGCUGGCCACAUGACCCGGAAGCUGUACACCGGCUCCCUCGGCCAAUAAAGCAAGAUGAGUGCCACAACCCCAGAGUCGGCCACGACUGGACCUAAUGGUCAGGGGUCCCUUUACCUUUACCUUUAUGUGCUGAGUACUAUGUGCAAAGAACAGAUUUGAAACGGACUCUUGGCAAUCCAAAGUCCUUGAUUUUGACUUUGAUUAGGAGAGUUUGCCUGAGUAUUCUAGCCCUUUACAAGUCACAUUUCUCUCUUCCCAAUUCUCAUCAUUUUUAGCAACCAUUUGGCUGCUUUUUAAAAUAUGGCUUCCUCCGUGGAUACGUCAACUGCUAUAUUUAAGAAUUUGCUUUGGGGAUAGAUCCCCUGUUCUUCUGACAUGAACUUCCAAUGCAAUUGAAUCACCCUGCAAUGAACAGUGUAAAUUACAUGCAAACAUGCAAUGUAAUAAUAAACAGGAAGCAGGCAGCAUCUGUGUCUAUGGCAAGAGUCUCAGAGGGCUCUUUGCAUUCAGCUGUGCUAGCAGCUCUCUCUCUCUCUCUCUCUCUCUGUGUGUGUGUGUGUGUGUAUGGUUUUGUAACCAUCUCCGACAGAUUCCUACAAGAGGCUGGCUCCUGUGCAGAGCUGAGUUUCUGCUUGGAUUGAUUGCGCUUUUGCCGAAUGCUGAUGGUGAUAAAUUGUACAGCUACCCUCAGCUGCAUGCAUCCUCCGUACAAGUUCUCCUUCCAAGUCCCACAUCACAAUAAAAGCAUCAUUUUCUGUCCCAGUUGUUUCCGAAUGAAGAAGACUAGCAACAGCUUCAUUUCCCUUCCCUUCAGGGCAUCUGAGAUCAUCCUUUAAAAUGCUGAAGACCUUUACAUUUGCCAAUUAAUGCACAAAUUUAGCCGACGCGCACUUUGAUACUGGAGGAAGGAGGAAAGGCCUUGCUUGUAUUAUCAAAGGGAGUUUUAUCUAGUUUCAUCUCAUCCUUUUUACGGAAGGCAAAAUGGACACAGUUAAUACAGAUGCUAGCAAGAUGUUGUCCAAGAUCGUUUGUAAGUUAGCUCUUCAUUAUGCCCUGCAUUUCUACUGUAGUCGAGAAAAGAAUACUGUUGGUGCAUUAUAACACAUGUCAGGACUUUCUGUGAGAUCCAAAAAUAAGUUUUCAAUGUGGGGGUGAUUUCCCAUGUGGGGGAAGGCUGUUCUGAUUGUUGCCUUCCAUUCUUGUAAACUUGGGAUCCUUUCCAACUCUACAAUUCUAUGAUUCUAAAGUGACAAAAUAUUUUGGCUUGGCCUUGCAGACUCAAGAUAUAACUGUUCAAUGGCUAGGAGGGAAUGGGGGAAGUGGGGAGGCGAAUAACUGAUACGUCUUAACAGUCCUACAUUAUGAUGACACCACGCUUACAAAUUCCUUCCUCAUCAUUCAUAUGAGGAAUAUAGUGCCUUCGCUGUAUUGCUUUUGGCACCUGUGAAAAACAUUUUAAUUUUGCAAGGAUAAGUCUUUUUUAAAAUGGCUGAAUUCUUUUUAUAUUUUUUCAUGUAACUUGUUUUCAGUGUUUGUUUUUAAGUAGUAUUUUUGUUAAACGAAAAGAAAGGCCCAAACUGGGUACUUUUCCUGCUGCUUCCCCAUUUGCCUUAAAAAGUUGGUUUGGUGAGUUGCGGAACCUUCCAGAACAACUUGGGGGUGGUGAUGCUGGGUCUGCGAGGGGAUGGGAGAAUCAGUGUGUGGGGUGGGGAAUUCCCGCCUUCAGCAGCAGCCUCUAUGAGGUCACAUCCAAGUCAUACAUUUAAAACGCUCUUUAUGCCACUUAAAAGUCAUAGCUGUUCAUAUGAACUGUAAUUUGUUUAGGGUACUGUCUUUGCAGGCCUACAGUUCCCAGCAUUCCUAAAAAGAAACUAGAAAUCCCAGGAUUCUCCAUGAUCGUUAGAGUGAUACAAGAGUGCUUUAAAUGGAAGCGCAAGUCUGGAUCUAAUCCCUAUUCUACAUUUUUAUAAAAAAACACAAAGCCCCCAACAACGUUAAUAGUUACAGAUCUGACCAGUACCGAGCUAAUUUAAGUGAGGAAAAGUCAGCAGCAAAUAUAGGAGGUGUUAAGUUGUGGGUGAACAUAUCAGACGACACAGCGAUUCUUCAAACAGCUCUUGUUUAUUCACAGGCCAGAACAGAACUGAACUGAAGGGUUCAGCCAGCCUGCUUAUAUAGAGCUCCACUACAACGCAACAGUAACCGCUUUCUGUAACUAUCCAGUCACUGAACGUCACUUUCAAUCCCUUAUUUGCAUAUGUGGACCUGAGUGAAAACUAUCUACAGUAUCCCCCUGGUGGCCCAGGGUGAGAAUUUCAGUACAUAACAGGAGGGACGUAUGUUUAAGAGGCUCACAAUUGCAGUAAGAGGCGCAGUUGUGAAGAGACACUUAUUAGCCCAUUUUGGGCGAUUAAUUUACUUGCAUGCAGUGAAACCUUCCCUUGCUGACACAUCACCUUUGGCCAGUUUACAGCCUUCUGUAAAUUUGCAGGUAACGGUCUGAAGCAGGGAAUCUCCUCUAGUCAUGCAGACUAUCAAUGUGGUUUUGAACCCUGCAAUGGAGAAGUCUAUGGAGAAAAUGGAAAGUGAAACUUGGGGUGGAGUUACUAAGAAUUAAUAUGUGCCUCUGUUUCCAUGGGAGAUAGCUGGGAAUGUCCAUGUGUGAGAAUCUUUCCAAUGCUCACUGCUGGAGUGUGGCCCCCAGCAGCUUCUCAGUAGGACAAUGUGGCCCUUGGUGUGAAAAAGGUUUUAAUGUCUAAAGUUUACUGCUUGUAACUUGGUCGAAAUUAUCAUGUUCUUGAUUGUGCCCAAUAUUCUUGUGCUAGAAUGCUCAGUUAAAACUUGUUUUUUUAAAGGAUUCUCCUAUUGCGUGUUCAGACCUUUAAACCUUUCCCUUAAAUAAAUUCAGACAAGACUCAAAUUUUGGUUUGGUUUUUGGCAGAAUUUAGGCCACAACUUUAUUGAUUACAGCACGUGAGUGGUUGCAUAGGCUCUGGUUUGACUAGCUCCUUACACCGUUGCAGGUAGCGCUGACCCAGGACACAAGCAUAGGUCAGCCUAGGGUGAACACUGGGAUAGGUGGAAAGCUGGGAACAGGCUAUGUCCAUCACCCAGAUGUCUCCCUGGAUUCAGGCAAGGGCACAACCCCCUCACAGGGUUGACCAAACCAUUGAGUCCCUGGAUUCCUUUAACGGAAUACCCUUCACAUAGGGAUGGCGAAAGCGUUCUUCCAUCCCUAUCACCUGAACCAGAGCCUAUCCGCAACCUUACAAGUUCUGACGAUUUGCUACGUGGCAGGUGAAACCCAAAUGGCAACAGCCAAUCAGCCAAGUGGGGAAAAUUCCUGCCGUGCCCCCGUCCCAGACGACACACGACGGCAUAGCAAGGUCAAGCGCAAAGCCCUAAAAGUAGGGAGAGGUGGGCAGGUGUUCCGAUGCACGCACUGAAAGAGGAAGCUCUGGGUCACAUGCAUAGGUAUAUAUAGGUCCCUUAUCCACUUAGCCUGCGUCCCAUUGGCCUGUUUAAACCCUGCAUCAAGGGACCUACCAAUUGGGUGUUGUGGCUAUCCAGUCAUCCCCACCCACCCACAACACAGGGUUUGGUUGCCAGGUCUCACUGCAACACAUGCCCUCUUUAAGUAAGGGAGGACCCGAUUUCUUCCUGGCUUAAUUGUUCAUCCUAGUAUUUGAACAAUGUUUCUCGUGGGGCACCAAUGUGUGCAUAUUACCAAUGCGUCUGUAUUCUUUUUUCAUUUAGGUAUGUGUCUUGUGCGUUGGGAUGCCCUUACGAAGGAAAUAUUGAGCCAGCGAAAGUUGCAGAAGUAAGACACUUAAAAACAAAAACAAACAGCCCAGAAAUCUUUACUUCCCUGGGGAUCCGUUUUCUUGUGAAGGGAAAGCACUGGUGACUUGAGGACAUGCUUUUUAUUUGCACAGGUUUUUCUUAUUCUCAUUUUUGUAUGAUUUUAUUGGAUUAUAUAGAGAACAGACAGACAAAAUAAAAAUCCAACAUAAAAUAUCCCCAUAUCAAAACAGGAGAACUCGGAGCAUUAGCAGAAAUAAUGCCCAUUGAGCAUGGAACAGGAAUCUCCACAGUUCUAAUCUGUAAAAUAAUAAUAAUAAUAAUAAUAAUAAUAAUAAUAAUUAUUAUUAUUAUUAUUAUUAUUAUUUUAUUUAUACCCCGCCCUUCCCAGCCAGAGCCAGGCUCAGGAUGGCUAACCCCAGUAAAAUUAAAGUAAAAACAUAAUAGGAAAAAAAACCCCAAUUUAAAAUACAGGUUAAAAUGCAAUUUAAAAUGCAGCCUCAUUUUAAAAGUAGCCCAUAGAUCAAAACCAUAAGGGGAGGGAAACAUAAGGGUCAGACUGAGUCCAAACCAAAGGCCAGGUGGAAAUAGCAUCAAUUUCUCACAUCACAGUGAAAAGCAGACCUCUCACCACCUUUACACCCCAGCCGCACAUUAGGUUUUCUGUAUCUCCUCCUGCAUUGCAGUUCUUAAUUGUCUCUCUCUUGCUCCUGCUCAUGCAUACAGAGUGUGUCAUAGCUAGUAGCCACCAGCAUUUUGUGGUCAUUAGAACUGUAGAAUAACCAACACCUUUGGCUAACCAACUGAUUGAGGAAGCAGUCAGGUUACACAAUAGAUUUUAAAUUCUUCACUUGAUGGCACUUGAUAGCAUCACUCAUACCUGCAGCAUGUGCUAUGAAACACUUCUGCACAACCCAAGACUUCAGAUCAAAGUUGAAAAUUUCUAAGAAACUGUUGGCCUACUUUGGGUGUGUGUACAUGUUGUUGGCUCAUCACUUGAUAACUGUAGCAUCAAGUGAUGGCUUACAUGUGUAAAAACACCAUUGGAACUUGGAGUUACCUCAUGACAGAGUUUUCAUCUCACCUGGCAUCCACCUUAAUGCAAUACUUCUCAGUACCUCUCACAGCGCUGUCAAAUGAUGUACCUCAAUAUUUAAAUCAACCCAUCCGCGUCCCUUAGAGAAGUCUACUGUAGAGCGAUUGGUAUGCUUGUGAAGCACAAUACUUGAAUGGUCUAGGUGGAGUACAACAAUUACAACACAGUAUUAGAAAAGGUAGGGACGCGGGUGGUGCUGUGGGUUAAACCACAAGCCUAGGACAUGCUGAUCAGAAGGUCGGCGGUUCGAAUCCCCACAAAGGGGUGAGCUCCCAUUGCUCGGUCCCAGCUCCUGCCAACCUAGCAGUUCGAAAGCACGUCAAAGUGCAAGUAGAUAAAUAGGUACCACUCCUGCGGGAAGGUAAACGGCGUUUCCGUGCACGGCUCUGGUUCGCCAGAAGCGGCUUAGUCAUGCUGGCCACAUGACCCAGAAGCUGUACGCCGGCUCCCUCGGCCAAUAAAGCGAGAUGAGCGCCGCAACCCCAGAGCCGAUCACGACUGGACCUAAUGGUCAGGGGUCCCUUUACCUUUACCUUUUAACAUAGGAAAAAUGUGGGUAACCAGGAAAUAAUAAUAAUAAUAAUAAUAAUAAUAAUAAUAAUAAUCAGCUCCAAGCCACGUUGCAAAAAUCCAGGAACAAUGUUUUCUUUUUCUCUGUUAUUGCCAUUACAGUGCUAGAGUUUGUUUCCACUUAUGGUAGUUUCCCCCCUCAAAAAUCUUCCAUUUUAUCCUGCCUCUUAGCCCUGAGUAUCUGUUUACAUGGAGUUUAUCACGGUACUUCUCCCAGAGCAGAUACAACUUUCAUUUAUUAAGAAUAGCAAUUUUCUGAUUCAGUUGGUUUUCCCGUCAAGCUGCGUGUGACAUAUGUUUAGAUAUAUUGAUAGUGACAGGUUUAACUGUGCUGUUCCCAUAUUUCCUAUUGCAAAACCAUAUUGGAGUCUGUUCUCCAAAAGACCUUGAUAUGAUGCUCAGGCCAAGUUCCCGCAUCCCCCACCCCCUUGUCAAUAAAGCCCCUUUCAGCAUUUCAGCAGGAAUGCAACUCUUCAUUUUGAUUCCACAAAUAUCCUCUUUUUUUUUUAUCUAAGGCCUUCUUCUUCAGAAGAUUUGUCAGAGUUUGUCCUCAUUAUCUUCAUUAUGAGUUGCUUUCGGGAGCACCGUAAUUUUGAAAAGUGGCAUACAAGUUGCAUAACAAUAAAUAGUAUAAUAAUAAAUAAUACUGCUAGUAGGCCUUGGAAAGUUAUGAACAAUCUCCCCGUUCCCGAGAUUCAGCAGAAAUUGUAUACAGUAUGCCUGAUUUUUCCCGGGUAAGUCAUGGAAGAGUUAUGCCAAACUAAAAGAAAUAGCCAUGGGGUUCACAUCCUCUUUGCAGACUUUUAAAUCUUGCUUGUGUCAUUUAUCUUCUGGCCUUUAGAUUAAGCAUAUAAUCAUGUGGGACACCAGGGACUAGCAGCUUUGCACCCUGUCAACUUUUAUCACACUCGUCCCACCAGCAAAAGCCAUUAUUAUCAUUGGUAUUUUACCAAUUUAGCACUUGUCAUCCACCUGUAGCUGUUUCGUGUAUCUCGUCUGCACUUGGGGACCACGGUGCAGUCGGCAAUAAAGUGCAAUAGGAAAAACUGUAGGACAUCUGUUGAAUCAAAAGUAUGUGGCAAAAGCGUUAUACACUGCAAAUUCCGAGUGACAUUAUAUGGCCUGUUAAGAAAUAUAUAGGUGUUUUCAGUGUCCAGGAAGAAAGGGGUAGGUUCAGGGAAUGCAUGAUUCCACAGCCUGCUCUUGAAUGCUUAAGAAUUGCGGGGUCUACACCAGCUCUCUAUAGUUAAUAGCUGGCUCCGCAUUGUAAAAUUUCUAAAAGCUGAAUGGUAUAUUAUGUCCUGGAGGACACUGUAUAUUUUUAGUGGGCUUUUCUCCUGUGCUUGUAUGCUGGACCCAGGUGGGAUUAGGAUGCAGGCCUGAAUGCAGUAAAUGCAGAGAGAAAACCCCAGUCCUGCUGCUUUGAGCUGAACAGCAGGAGUGAAAAUUGGAUCGCUUCCAGGAACACCACUGGUUAAAAGCUCCUGAUAGGUGACUGCACUCUUGCUUUCAAGCGCUAGACGAUGCUCAUGCCACCUGGGCCUAGGAUGCCAGCACAGAGAAAUACCUUUUAGGUGCGUCCAAUGCACCCUUCAUUCUACAUUUGCCUCGCCUCCCUGAAUUUUUUUCUGUAAAUACAUAUUACUUUUGCUUAUGUUUGGUUCUCCUACCAUUCCCUCCCCAGGUCUCCAAACGGCUAUACAGCAUGGGUUGCUAUGAGAUAUCCCUUGGAGACACCAUAGGUGUGGGGACCCCUGGCAGCAUGAAGCGCAUGCUGGAAUCUGUUAUGAUGGAGCUCCCCGUGGCAGCAAUUGCAGUGCAUUGCCAUGACACCUACGGCCAGGCUUUAGCCAAUAUCCUCACAGCGAUGCAGGUAAGAUCCAGUCUCUGGUCUCAUCCAAAUACAGUUUUCUCGGCGCUAGCUUCAUUCAUCCUUGCAUCCUCUUGGGCAUGGCUGCUCCCAUGCUAGGGAGAUGCUCACUGGUAGACCGUGUGCUUUGAAUGCUCCCAGAUUCAAUCCCAGGUAAAGGAUCAGGUAGCAGUUGAUGGGAAAGAGCACUGCCUUGGAUCCUGGAUAGUGGCUGCUGUCAGUCGGUGUUAGAGUCGGACUAUCGGUCCAUCUAGCUUGGUGUUAUCUCCACAGACUGCUAAUGACUUUUCAGGAUUGCAGACAAACUUAUCUCUUUGCCUUACCUGGAGAUGCCACUGUACUAGACUGGGUGCCCCUGUGCUCCGACUCACUGUAAGGCUAUUUUAAAUGCUCAUAAGCCACCGUAUUGCUGCCCCACCCAUGUGAUCAGUUUCCCCCCAAGGUUACCUAGAUAGGCAGGUAGCUGUAGCUGCCUGCAGUGACUCUCUCACUGCUGAUGUUAAUGUAUGAUGUUAAUGUAUGAUCUGGGUUGGGUCCAGGCCAGGUGUAAGUCAUGAGCUGAGGAUCACAUGCUAUAGCUUAAAGCGAGUCGCACAUUUCUGUACUGCAUCAAUCUGCGGGUGGCUGUCAUUGAUGGGCACGCUUUACAUAUUUGUCCACAAUCUCCUUCGAAAACAAGGAGUUCAGUUGCACAUGUAGAAAAAUAUAUAACGGGAAAAGAUCGCAAAAGUGGACAGAAAUCGAUAGAACACCAUGGGCCAGUGCAAAAUAUAGCAACCUGUGAAUUAUUAUGCAUACGAUAUGGACUAUUUGAUUUGUUUAUGCCUUUCUGUGUGCUUCUUCACUUUAUACCCUACCAAGCAUCUUGCACCCAAACAUUGCAAAUGAAUCUGUAGCCGAGUUGGCUGCAGUCUAGUGGCUUAGAUGCUCUGUAUGGGAUUGAUUGUACUGUUAGACUCUUAACAGUUCAAGAGUAACCCAGCCGUCUAGCAACAAAUACAGAAGUUUCUUCAGUACCACUCUGCAUCGUAUCAUAAUAUAUUGCUACUUUAAGUGCUAUUUCCAAGGCUUUAGGAAAAGUGGAAAUUGGAAAUGUCCUCAGGAAAAUAUUUUUUUCUGGUCCCAGCUGGUGACUACUGAAUUGUCGUAUUGAAAACCUGCUGCAUGAUGAAUUGCCCGAGCUUUACUAUAUGAAAACUCACUAAUAUAUUAGACAUGCUUCCUUUUAGGCAGAGUGCUGUUAAAUUAUAAUUCCAAAUGAAACGAUGGGGACGUGGGUUUUAUUCCAACAUUUGCUACUGACUGCAACAGUCAGAGUCUGACGCUAACUAGUUUCAAAGUGCACAUUUGUGGUGCCUCUUAACUUAGAAAGACAGGAAUUAAUCUGCAUGUGGAUAAAGGAGACUUAAAAACAAAAAAACCCCAAAGCCUGUAGAAUUCAUUAACUGGGAUACUCCAAGCAUUUUCCCUAACAGAACCGCAUUUCUUUCUGAAGAUCUUAGCUCUGUUCUAUAAUUUUUCAUAGCAACAUGUUAAAAAAUAAUAAUGCAGGAUAUUGUAGCCCUCUUAAGAUGUUCAUGAACACAUGAGGGGAGAGGUAUAUAGUGGAGCAGGGGCCAUAUGUCAACGCUGCCCCCUCCAGUGCCAGUCUUGGCAUGUUCAGCACAGAAAUCUGAAGGGAACUGGCUGAAUAUGCUUAGCAGUCUUCCUGAAACUGGGACGUUGAACCUGAGACUUUUUGCAUCCCAAAGACUUCGAAGUGUGUUCAGCCAUGUGUGCUUAGAAGACCUUCCAGCUCAAUGUGGGAAGGUCAGUGUGGAGUGGAUUCACCCGACACACCCAGAAGCAUAGGGGGUCAAGGGCUGGCACAUACUCCCCCUCUCACAUGUACAGGCUGAAUUCCCAAAGAGGUCUUAUGUGUGUUGUUUUCUGGCAGUGUGACUGCAGUACUGUUGAUGAACUAUGAAAGGCAAUUUGCAUCGUGCUAUCUAUGGCCGAGCCAAAAUGUGGCAGUUGAGAAUCCUAGAUGCCCGUUUAUUGAGCUGCAAUGUCUAAAUUGUGAGGGAAUGGAACCUUCCAGAAUACCUGUCCUAAACAGCCUAGCUUUGGAGAUUGAGGUGGAUGGGUAGGGAGAGAGAUAGAUGAUAGAUAGAUAGAUUAGAUAGAUAGAUGGUAGAUAGAUAGAUGAUAGAUAGAUAGAUAGAUAGAUAGAUAGAUGAGAUUAACUGUGAGGCAAUCCAAAAACUGACCUUGAAAACAGGAGUUGUGUAUAGUAAAGGAAGCUGCGGACCAGUAGAAAACUGAGUGGAUGAUGCUCCUACAAAAUAGGAGUCAAGCGGGAAAGUCCCCAGAGGCAAGAUAGCUAUAAGUAGAAGAAUGAGAAUGCAGUAAUCUAAGAAAUGAAACCUGAAAGAGGAUAAGCAGGACUGGGAGAGACCAGAAAAGACUGUGAGAAAGGAAGAGAAGAACGAGCUGGCCCCAACCUAAGUAUUAUUUACACUUUGCUGCAUCCCUUGAAUUGGACCAAUAGAUUAUGCUGCCUGGAUAUUGCCUUUGAGCUUCUAUAUUGAAAUGUUGCUUCAUUAUAAGAUACUGCUUACUUUCAGCUACUGCUGUAGCUAAUUCAGUGGCUGGGAAUAAAACACAUUUCUCAAUUAGCACAGAGAGAAAGUUCAUUUGUACUAGCAGUGAGUGGGAUGGGGGAGAUGAGGCUAAAUUGUAGGUGGCGCCAGAGGAUAUUUAUGAACCAGAAGUUCCAGGUUCCUUGAUCCCUGUUGGCAUUGCCUCUAGGCAGGCAGGGCCAACAGGGAAUGGCAGCAGGAGGAAAGGAUGAGCACCAGAAUAAAUCAGGGAACCUUGAAAUCCCAAGGACAGUGGGAGGCAGUGCUGCUGAUCGAAUUUACAGGCCCCUGAACACAUGUCAGUAAAUGAAUGAGCCCUUUGGUCCCUGGAGCGCAUAGAUAUGGGAACUGACAGCAGAUUCCCAGGGACCGGGAGCAUCACUGAAAGGCCAUUGUCAUGUGUGUAUAAUAUACAUAGGUAUAUACAUAGAUGGAUACAUACCGUAUUGCUGGGACUAGGAAUACAAUGUGGGUACCUAGAAAUGCAGGGAACCUAAAGAAAAUGGGAAAAAAUGGAAGGGCAAAAGUCAGUCCUCCACUUUUUCAAAACAGGAUUGUAGGAAAUGGGGCACAUUACAACAUUUGCACUUGGCCUGACAAAAUUAUACUUUCUCUGGAGUUGAACAAUGCACGCUUCUGAAAAGCUAGAGUAAACAGCUUUUCCCUUCCUUCCUUCCUUCCUUCCUUCCUUCCUUCUGUCCAUCCGUCUGUUCUUUCUUUCUUUCUUUCUUUCUUUCAUUGGAGAGGUGAAAUGGUAGACAAGAAAGGGUUGUGACUUCUCUGAAAAGUAUUUUUGUUACCCACCCCUUUAAAAGGGGCUCCCUUAGUUGUAUGUGUUUGCCUGCAAUGUACCUGCAUAAGCUCUAAGCUUUGGGUAGGGUAUGUAUACAGUCGGGCUUUACAUGUCUGUAAAAAUUGUUGACCCCUGCCUGAGUAAAUUUAACAUCUUUAUUUAGCAGGAGAAAUAAACUAGCAUAACAAUGAGAAGUAUAAAGACAAUUCCUGUAAAGACAAUUCCUGGAUGAAUGAAAGCAGAGCAACAUUCUGUCUCCUAUUAUUUAGCGAACUGUAGGCUGUAAUAUUCUUGCACCAGUUCUCUAGAUUGUUGCUGUCUUCUUCUGCUCAGCAUGUUUGUGCCCACUAUUUUGUUUUCUAUUCUGGCAGCGAUAGUACUCAGCCUCCAACCCUCCCCCCUCAAAUAACAGUACUUUGAUGGUAUUUGCUGAGGAAAACUUUCCAUCAUUCAGUUGUGCCCUACUCCAAAUGAUAUUGGACGAAGUCACUGAAUCUGCAUAAGAAACUACCUAAGAGGUUUUAUAAGGGUUGUUCUAACGAAAGAGUAAGUAGUGAAAGAUGGCUGGCCAGUGGCGUAGCGUGGGUUGUCAGCACCCGGGGCAAGGCAAGUAAUUUGCGCCCCCUAACCCGUGGAUUUUAGUAGGGACAGAGAGCUGCGAGUGCCAGCGCGCCCCCCCAGAUGUUGCACCCGGUGCAGCCAUCCCCCCCUGCACCCCCUCGCUACGCCACUGUGGCUGGCUGCUUAGCCAAAACAUUCAAAGGUUAAGAUUACAGUGCUCAAGCCAUUUACCCUGAAGAGGCAUUGCUAAAAUAAAAAUAAAAAGAUUUCUCCAGAGUAAGUAGUUUGAAGCCUGAACUAAUUGUUGAUGCCACUGAAAGGAAUAAAUGCCAGGCAUCAAAUUGGGAUAUGAUGUCUUUCUAAAUAGUGUGUUUUUGGUGCAAAUGAAAAAAGCAUAUGAAGGAAUGUUUCAAAACAAUAAGAUUUUAAACAGAAGUAUGGCUAAGUCUUUGCUUGGUGGCUGAAACUUGGCUGAACCCAGAAACUGGGAUAUUAAAAUAUCAGACUAUAGAAUUUAUAGAAGUGACAAAGUCAGCAAGAAGGAGGAGGCGUGGCUGGCUGUUUGAGUAAAAAGAGUGCUUUGAGUAAAACUGCAUGUGUAGACUGGAUAACAUGUCAAAGGCAAUGUGCAAUGGCAAACCAUUAUUUAUAGGAAACUGUGCGACCUCCAAGGGAGAAGGAAACAAUCUGGACCAACAAGAUGUAUAACCGAUACUAGUUGCUCCUACCAUGACCGGUAUUGUUACUGCUUCUACCAUAACAACUCAACAUUACAUUUGGAUUUAACAACUUGCUGGAGGCUUGUACAGAGCCCAAAACAGCAUAGUUUCUGCCCAGAUACUCAGGGCGCUUCCAGGCUACCUGUUUAUUGGCCAUUAAUCCUGAUCUUCUUGCAGGGGGAUUUGACAACAUCGGGUAUAUAUUAUGAUUUGUUUGUGGGUUAUGACUGUCACUGUGUAGGCCAAUUUAGGAACAUUUUUUUCAACCCAGAUGCAGUGUUCACACAUGAUUGGCUGGUUUUCUCAGCCAAAGUGCUGGUGAUCAUCCACACUCAACACAUGUAGAAUGCCAACAUCUUAUAUUAGUAGAAUCAGCAGAGAUGAUCCACUGCACCAGUGGUAGGUCAAAAGAUUUAUGAGAGGAGGUAUUUUUUUCUUUGACAUUCUUCAAGUUGCAGCUCCUAGUUCAGUGCUUAACAGUUGCAGCUGAGAGCAAAGUCAAGAAAUGCUCUAAGGUAGAAUCCACACAAACUGUACCAGGACAUCAUUCAAAAGACCUGCAUUAGGAGCUUGGAGCUAAUGUAGAAGGGGGCAACUGGUGAGGAUUUUGGGAGAAGGAUGAUAAAGGAGUGGUAGUAUUCAGCUGUAGCAACAUAUCUACAUGUAGAGUGAUCUGUAUCGCUGGCACCUUUUUAUACUCUCUGUCUCAUUCAUAGGUGUCAUUUGAUAUAUGUUGUGUUGACUUCAUAAAAUAAAAGUGGAGUAUUUGAUGAAAAAGUGAUAACCAUUUAUUGGGAUUUGGUAGCAUCUUCUGCAUUCACAAACCAAGUUAGAAGAAACAAUUGUAUAUACUUGUUAAGACACACACACACACACACACACACGGCUUGGUCUUCUGAAUUCUAUAUGGAAAAUUGCCAAAUAUGUAGUGAGCAUUCUGUGCUUUGAUUUUUCAGAGUGUUGUACUAGAAAUCUUAAUCUUAAGGAUUAGACAAGAGUAAUAAACAAAUUUUGUUAAGUGGCUGAAAUAAAUAAAAAUUGUAAAUAUAAAAAAAGGUUUCCUGCUGUGAUCAUACCAACGAGGUGGUGGAAGAUUCAGUCUCCAGUUCCCAGAUUCUAUUUCUUUAACAUAUGUCUUACAGAACCAUGGAAAAUGAAGAUAAGAUCUCCAAUUUUCCAUGUAGUUAGCAGGGGGUGGGGAAGUAGACUAGCGUGAGAAACAAUGGAGUCCAGAUAUUUUUGGAUCCCCAUUACUUAUAUGGCCAAUAUAUCCUUCAGGAAGCAGAGUGAAUUUUGGAGGAAAACGGUAAGUGUAACAGGAUUUAUUUUAUAAAUAGACACAGGUUUUUUUUCAGUCCGGCAAUUCCCCAAACCUGCAUCUUCUGGAAAACCAUAUCAAUAGCACAUGGUGCUUAGUCUGAUGCUACAUAUAGAAUUGAAUCAUGGCAUUCUUGCCUUUUAUGGUUGUCGGGUGUGUCUAGGAGCCUGUAUGUGUCCUCUCUGCAGCAGCUAACGACAACUUUGGAGGUGGGGUGUUAGAUUAAGAGAAUGGCACAGGAUAAUUUGGAAGCCCCCUGCCCCUGGCAGCUUUUAAAGUUAAACUCAAAAUAUCAGGAUUUGGAAUCUUGGAUCUCCUUGUGCAAUGUGUAGUUUGGCCUUGCAAUGCAAAACGCAAAUAAACUAUCCUAGAAUUAUAUAACCCAGAAUGCUAUCAAACGAUACGGUGCUUCCUUUAGAUAUUUUUAACAAGUUCUCCAAAGACUUUUUGAAAUGAUGUGUUUACUCACUGUUGCUCUUACUGGCGUUACCACUAUUUAGUAAUAUUUGAAUAUAUGAGGCUUUUGCACUGUUCUGAAGUGUCAGGGACUGGAAAGGGGGCCUCUAGCUUCACCCUGCACUCUACAACGGCCAUGUCAGAGGCUCUUUUGGAAGCAAGAAUCAUGCUAAUAGGCACAGGAAACUGGAUUAAGACAAGGGAAGGUGAAGCGGACCAAGUAAAUGAAGUUCCCCAUCAAGCAGCUGAUCAGCCACAACAGUUGUUUUUAAAGAAAGCUUUUCAUAUUUUGCCCAGUUCCUGCAUGUGCACCCAGCUGGAUCCAGGCCCUUGUCUUGAGAUCCAGUAGUCCAUAACAUUUACUGGGUUGGUUUCCCUGCCAAACAUCCAACUCAUUUUUGAACUCUUCCAAGAAAACAAUAUGAACUGAGACACAUAGGAAGCUGUCUUAUAUUGGGUCACGUCACUGGUCUAUCUAGCUCAAUAUUCCAAGGUUUCCCAAACUUGGGUCUUCGGCUGUUUUUGGACUACAACUCCAAUCAUCCUAAACUAGCAGAAACAGAGGUCAGAAAUGAUGGGAACUGUAAUCCAAAUACCUCUGGAGACCCAAGUUUGGGAUCCCUUGGUCUACACUGACUGGCAGGGUUUCAGGAAGGAGUCUCAUAACAACUUGCAGCCCCCUUAAGAAACUACAGCUCCCAUAAUAAUUUGGGGGAAGCCAUGGCUGUUUAAAGUGGUGUCAUAGAUCUUGAAAUGGAUGGUGCAAAUGUGCCCUUAGUUCAGAACCUCAGCGAUCUUUCCCUAGAGUUGUUCUUAUUCUGGAAAUAAGCAUUCCUCAAGAAUAUAUAACAAAUGGCCCGCUGGGAGUUGCAGCGUCAACCAGGGAUAAAAUCUAUGCAGUGUUUACAGAGUUGUGUAAAAUUCAGAAGCCUUAAUUUCACUGAAGAAAAGGGGAAGGAUGAGGGAUGGAUUUGGGCCUACCACUUUAUAUGGCUCUUUUGCCUCUGGUUUCCUCUGGGCUUUAUUAAAUUGAUUUCUCCUGGAGGUAAUUUGUAUUUCAGGCUUUUUAAUUAAAUAUGUAACUCCUCCACUGUGAAUUUUUCAGCUCUUCAUAGCCAGUCAGCAUCAUCUGUCACAUAUAUCACUGCCUUUCUGUUAGCACGAGGAAUCGCUUUUGCCUUCUCAGGAGUCUUGUGUUGUUUUUGAAAAGCAUUUUACACCUCAUAAGUUGUCAGAGGAGGGCUUCUAUAUUUGGAAAUCAUUUGUAGCUCUCAGCACAUGUCACUCAGGUUGGUCUUAUACCUAGCUGGUUGCUCAGAUCAGAUACGAAGAAGAAGCAUCCAUCAUUUGUCCUAUCUCAGGACCAUCACCAUGUCAUUUCUGCUUUCUUCAUGAAAUUUGGAAAUGCUUUGAAUACACUUUAUUGUUUUUGUUUAGGCCAUACUCUGAGCACCCCAUUCUAGGAAAAAAUCCCCUCAUUUUAAAGUCUUAUUUUUCAUACAUCUGGCAUUCUAAACUCCCCCCGCUUUAAACACAGAAAGAAAGGGGGGGAAUCUCUUCUGGGCUCUUUGCCUCUUAGAUUCUCCUCAAUGUGCCAAAGUGGUGACCAAAACUACAUACAAUAUCCCAUCUGAGGCCCAUUCAGGUUCAAGUUAAACUGCAGCUCAGCUGCAUAAAAACUUUUAGUAGGAUCCAUGUCAUACAAGAUGAGUUGUUAAGCCUUAAUUUUAUGUGUGCAUUAUCAUGUUUUCUGCUUACACUUUGGCUCUGAUGGCUUCCUCAAAUCACCCUUUUCCCUUAACAUUGACCGCUUUAAUGCAUAAGCGAAGUGGGGAUUAGGCUGGUAGUUCCACAGGAAAAUGGAAAAUAUAACAAACAGAUGCCUCGUCUCCUUUAAUUCUAUCAUUCACUGCUGUUUUCCUGGUGCCUUUCUUAAUAUGUGUGUGUGUACACUAAGUGUACAAUUGUUAUCCAUGUGCUACACAGACUCUAGGUACCUUUUCUCAAGGCAGAGCUCCGGCACGAGAUGGAUGAAUCUUUCAAUUUUGUUUUCUCCCAUUUCCCAUUUUCCAGUCUUAAUUUCAGUUCUUCAUGUUUCCACAUCAGUGUGCAUUUUUAAAAAGUCCUCAUGAAAAUUCGCCAGAGUUUUAGUGCCAAUAUCUCCCGAUAUAAACAUUUUUAUAUGCCAUGAUACGCAAAUGUGAUGUGCACAUUUGCAGAAGUACAAAUCGAGAAGCAUAACCGGUUCACGUAUUGUUUCAGGAACUGUGAACUAGGGAGUUUCAUAUUAAAAUGUGAACCAGAUUUCUUCGCCGUCCCUAGCUCUCGUUGAAGGAAAUGUGGCACUUAGAGUGCCCCUACCACAAUAUUCCUUCUGGGGACAUGGGUGGUGCUGUGGUCUAAACCACUGAGCCUCUUGGGCUUGCCGAUCAGAAGGUUGGUGGUUCAAAUUCCCACAAUGGAGUGAGCUCCCGUUGCUUUGUCCCAGCUCCUGUCAAUCUAGCAGUUUGAAAGCACACCAGUACAAGUAGAUAAACAGGUACUGCUCCAGCGGGAAGGUAAACAGCAUUUCCGUGUGCUCUGGUUUCCAACAUGGUGUCCCGUUGUGCCAGAAGCGGUUUAGUCCUGCUGGCCACAUGACCCGGAAAGCUGUCUGUGGACAAACGCCGGCUCCCUCGGCCUGAAAACAAGAUGAGUGCUGCAACCCCAUAGUCGCCUUUGACUGGACUUACCCAUCCAGGGGUCCUUUGCCUUUACCUUACCUUACUCCUUCUGGGGAAAUGUCAUUUUGCUUCCCCCACCUCUUUACCCCAUUGUUUAGUUCCAAGAGUUGGCUAUAUUGGAAUAAGGUUGUGUGAGUGUUGUAGACCUCUAUUGGAUAUGAUGAUGUUUACUAGUGAGAAGCACCAAAACUCAAGUCCUAUCCUCCAGUGCCUUGUUAUUAUUUAAUUAUAAGCUUUAUAAAGUUUUAAAAAAUGUAUAUAUUUAAAGUGCUUUAGGCUGCAAUCUUACUGGAGGUAAGACUCACUAAACUCAUGUAGACUUCUGAGCAGACAGGUGCAGGAUCAUGCUGUUAGGGACUGAUCGCUCCAAGGCAGACAUGCUCCUAUGUCCCAGCCUUGCCUGGGCUGAUUGGAGUUGUGGUCUAAAAUAUUUGGAGGGCACCCGGUUGGUGAAUGUUGAUAUAGCCCUUAAAGAAGCCAACAAACAGAAGUGGCCAGCAUCAUCAAGGCUUCCUCUUUCCUUAGCAGUUCCUCAACAUGUUAUGGCAAUUUCCUUUUUUUUAAUUUUAAAGAUUCGAUGAUGAUGAUGAUGAAAGUAUUCUGCAGUAGGGCUAUCUAUUCUAUAACUAGGGUACCUUUGUUUUGCUACGUGGGAUCUGAUGCUGGAUUCACAGUAGUGCAAGUAUAGCACUAGAAGAAAAGGGAAAAAGCAGAUUGUUGUGUGGAAAGGGCCCCCCGACGCUGUUUUAAUAGCCACCCUCCCACGCAAUCGCAGCAGUAGCCUCUUUAUAGAUCUCCUUUUAUCAUCUUACUGUGCCUUUUUUAACUUGACUGCUUAAAUUACUAUGUUAAGAGCUGGUAUCCUCCAGUUCCAAAGGGAUCAGGGCUAGACUCUCUCUUUCUCCCUCUCCAUCUCUCCCUCUUUGGGUCAGAAACAGACACUUUUUUUCUGGACUAGAAGAAAAUUUCUUCCAAAUGCUGUGAACAAGGCCUUUCCCAAAAGUUUCAUAGAUUUAUGGAAUCAAACUCCUUGCUUUUUCUUUUAAUUUUUUAAAAGGAAGCGCUUAGAAAAAAAAUUCUUUACAGUGUGCGUGCUUUAUUAGUUGUAGUAAUCAGUUGUAUGCUUGUACAACAAAUUAAAUUAGGGCUGCCAUAUGUCCAGAUUUCAAAGGCAGAAAUGAUGUCCAGAGGGAAUUUCCGAAAUAGGGUGCUUUGCCCUGGAAAAAUCAGGCGUCCAUUGAAAAAUCAUGGUUUUUUGGUGUUUUUGUAAAAAAAAAAAGGAAGAAGAAGAAGAAGAAGCUCUACAGUUCCCAAGCCUCUCUCUGUGAAUAUUGAAUAAAAAGCAGGUGGUAAUGAGUUUUCCUUGUCUUAUCCGUUCCUGGCAACCUGCCUUGGGGGUUGGUUCCUCUGCCUCCUGACAACAUCAGUGAAGGGCAAACCAACUGGUGCAGCUAUAGAAAAUAUGUUAGGAAUUGUCCAUCUGAGGCCCCUGGUAAUUAGAGGCUAGUCUGCGGAGAUUGACAGGGUAAAUCACCAGCGAAUGUUUACACAACAAAACAUACGCCCAGUACAAUAUCCUACGCUGAUGUUACUGAAACCAGUGUCCGGAAAUGUACAGUGGAAAUAAGACCUGGUACCUUUCGGGUGCCAAGGCAAACAUCAAUUACAGCACAGUGUGAGAGGAGUCAUAAGAAAUACUACCGCGUAUCAGUAGUUCAACAAAGUCAGCACUUUUGUGUAAUUGCAGGGGAAAGGGCUGCAAAACAUUACGGAUCUCAGCAAGAAACGGCCCUUUAUACUUUAAAACCGAUCCUUGAUAAAACAAUGCUGGGGUCAUGAGAAGGCUACUUUGCCAAUUUUGCUCUCACCGUGGGAUCCACGGACAUCUGGCUGAGCUGCGGAAGCUGGAAAACGUCUUUAAUAUUCUCCUGACAGUAAAAAUGGACAUGUGGAAAACAUUCUAACCUGUUAAUCUGUGGUGCUCCUGAAAAAAAAAAGGGGGAAGAAAUAAGGAGGGAGGAGGAAGGGACAUUUGGCUUUAUACUUUGUGAUGAUGAAUAGAAUGUCUCCAGGUCCAGCUGUAAAUAAGUUAAUGGCACUGGAAAGGAGACGGUCGUCUCUGUUUCCCCAAAUGGAGCUGAAAAUGAGAGUGCACCUGUGUAGCUCUCCUGCUGCAAUAAAUGCCAGGAGUUGCAUUUAGUCUGGCCAGAUAGCUGGACAACUUUAUUUUUAUCCUUGUAAAAUGAAUGAAAGAAAAGAUUAGUGAAGGUUGUUUGCAAUGUUUUAGGUCUUCCACACUGACACUGUUUGAUGGAUUGAGGAUACGACUCCCUCCCUUUUGGGCCCUCAAGAUCAACCUUUUCCAACCAGGCGUGGUUGAACUACAACUCCCAUCUUCCCUAGCUAGCAGGACCAGUGGUCAGGGAUGAUGGGAGUUGUAGUCCAACAACAUCUGGGGACCCAAGCUAAAGAAAGGCUGCUGUUGAUCGUAAGACUAAAAUGUGGUUAAGAUGUGGAAGUCACUGUUUCACAUUCAUAGCUUGUACAGUAGAACCUCGACUUACCACCACCCCUACUCAUGAACAAUUCGACUCGUGACCGCAGCAAACCCGGAAGUAAAUACUGGGUUUGCCGCGAUUCACGCACGCGCAGAAGUGGCUUCUGCCGUCUGCACAUGCGCAGAAUGGUGCUUCUACCAGCGACCAGGAUCGACUCACGAACGGACCUCCGGAACGGAUUCCGUACGUGAGUAGAGGUUCCACUGUUUAUGAUACAAGGUUCAUUUUGGUCCCUUAGCCUCAGGUGACAUUGAUCCUUGGUAAGUUCUGAUGAAGUGAAAACCUGAACUAGAGAGACAUAAAAAAACCUGCACUAACGUGCUGAUGUACUCUUCAUACUGUCUUAGUAUUUAUUCUUUGUAUAACAUUUUAUUUUAUUUUACUGUUUAUCACAUAAAUAAAGAGUGGUGGGGUUUUUUCUCUGCAAUGUGCUUCCAAAUAAUCUCUACCUAAAAACAAUGUAGAAAAAGAACCAGAAAUGAUGCAUUUAUGGAUUAGCUGAAAACACAGGGUCUAAGCCAUGAGUUGUAUUGCUUUAACAUCUGUCUGUUCCACAGUGAAGGUUUACCAGAAUAUAUCUUGGAGUCGUUGGUGCAGUUUUUCAUUGCUGGAUAAAUAAUCCAGAAGAACUUUUAGUACGAUAACGCUGUGAAUGUUGAAGGUGGCGUUGUACAAACACCUGCAACCAAGACUGGAUCUUCAGGGCAAGGUUGCACAUCUAGACACUCCUAAAAGGAAAAAUAAGGUUUUUUGCAGCUGUUGCCUUGAGACACUGGAAAGAAGCCCCCAUAAAAAGCAGGCCAAUUAAUAUGGGGAGAGGGGGAGGAAAUGUAACGUUUCUUUUAGCUUUUAGGCUAAAACAUGGGUAGGCAAACUAUGGCCUGGGGGCUGGAUCCGGCCCAAUCGCCUUCUAAAUCCGGCCCAUGGACGGUCCGAGAAUCAGCAUGUUUUUACAUGAGUAGAAUGUUUCCUUUUAUUUAAAAUGCAUCUCUGGGUUAUUUGUAGGGCAAAGGAACUUGUUCAUUACUUUUUUUCAAAAUAUAGUCCGGCCCCCCACAAGGUCUGAGGGACAGUGAACUGGCGUCCUGCUGUAAAGGUUUGCUGACCCCUGGGCUAAAACAACAAAGUGUUGUGGGGCUAAGAUCCUGCUGCCAGGUUUUACUCUGUUUUGGGGACUUUGCUGUGAGAAGUCUGGACUUUUAAAGCUGUCCCAUUAGUUUGAAUGGGGAUUGCUUAACACUCGGUCUGAACUGAAUGGGACUCAAGCAGGCAUAAACUUUGGAAAGGUUUUACCCUUUGUUUUGUAGGAAUUUGUAAAAACUUUUGCUUAUAACAGCUUCAUGAAUAGAGCCAGUUAUUGCCAUUUUAAAAUAGGGUGCAGUUCUAAGCCAUCCAAUGAUGAAAGACCCAAGUUACACCCCAUACAUUUAAAGCACAUGAUUUCCCCCCAAAGAUUCCUGAGACGUGCAGUCUAUCUAACACUGACCUACAAUUCCCAGCACCCUUAACAAAUUACCCAGGAUUCCUUGGUGAGGGGAAUAAUGUGCUUUACAUGUGUUUUCAACUUCUGGUGUGUAUGCAGACUAGAUCCCAAUCUCAACAGUUGCACCCUUUUCAUUUAAUACUUAAUUUAGUGGCUGGUAAAACGUUCCUUUUGGUGGGGCAGAGCAGGUUUUGCAGCGCUUCACACAUUGCAUUUUCUAUCGGUACUACAUCAAAUGUUUCAAGAUUGAGUCAAAGUGAAACACUUCUCAGUGUGUUGAUUUGAAGAACAAAAUGAUUUGUUGUGGGCGGGCAAGUAGGGGGGGAGAGGAAGAUGGCCAAUGCCACAAAAGCCCCACCCCAUGGCAGCCAUGUUUUCUGCGUGUGACAGCCAUCUUAUUCACAAAAACAGAGUUAUGUCCAUCUCUCUACAUUCCCCUCAGUAUCAGGGCACUUGAAUUCUGGGUCACUGUGGGAAAAUUCAAGACUGCGGUCAGAUGUCAUUCAACAUUGGAACAACUGGGGAGAAGGGAGGAUGCGUUGUUAAAUAUGAAAAAUUGGCUCAGGGCCUGCAUCACUGAUGGGGGCUAUUGAUAGGAGAUGAUCCCUGAAUGUGACAUUUUGCCACCGGCCCUCUUGAUCUUGGUUCAGUCCUGCUGAAAAUUAUAGCAUUUGUCUGGAGCUGAGAAAUGUAGAACUCCGCACGUUUUACAUCUAGAUCUAUAUACCUAUAUCUAAACACACAGAGAGAUGCAACAAAAUGUGGAAUUUUGAGGCUCGUGAAACUCACGUAACUAUAACAUUCUGUAUUGUAGAAAGCACUGGCUCUUAGAUAGGGUUGCCAUAUUUCAAACAGUGAAAAUCUGGGCGGCAAUAAAUAAAUAAAUGCCAUUUUUUGAACUAUUUUAAAGGGAAAUCAGCAAAAAUGGCACUGCCAACAUGGGCUGCCAUUCAUCCGGGUUUUCCUGGACAUUUGACAGACCGCAGCAUUCCGGAUAUAUGUCUGGGAAAUUUAGGACAUAUGGCAAGCUUACAUUUAAGCUGCCAUUUUUAUGCCCUUAGAAGUGGCACAUUCCCCACUCUGCUAGUUUGAAUAUCCUAUCUUCAAAAAACCCAAUGCUGAAUAAUGGGGACAUCUUACUGUCCACUUAGCCAGCAGCUUAAACAGAAAAAGUUGUCCAGUUAUCAGUAGCACAAACAGAAAAUGGCACUUCUUGAGGCAACAGUGACUCCAAGUGGUCAGUGAAGGAACAGUUUUCAUCUUGUUUUUCUUUUUUAUCAAAGCGUCAUAGCAAAAUAAGUUAUUCACAUCAUGCAUAUCCACCUUAUUUUUUAUUGUAAGUUGUUUUAAUCAGCUUUUAACAUUGUGUUUAAAUGUUGUGACCUGCCCUGGGACCUUAGGGUGAAAGGCAGUUAAUAAAGAAUAAUAAUUUAGAUUUAAUUUAUAGUACCGUGUCCCAAAACCACAGUCCAUACAUGGGAAGUCCAGUAUGAACUCCAUAAGCAUUUCAAUUUGGGUGUCUUUGCAUGCCAAAAUGUGGAAGUAAUUAAACACCAGGCAGGCCAGAAUACAGCCCAGGCUGCACUUGGCUUGCUGACUCCAAGCUAUUCAGACCAGUGGGGUGUAUGUGUUUAAUUGUUAGCUUCAAAUGAAACUUCAAAUUACACUGUCUGCAGAUAUUUGAAGGAGCCCACACAAUGAUUAAGCUGAAACUGAGUGCCAAAAAAUCCAUUUUGCUUGAUUGCAGUGGAGGAAACAUGCCAAAUGCAAGAGAAGAUGGAUGCAGAUGACUGGGAUGAUCUGUUUGAGAAACACUUGGAAAAUUAUUUUCAUCUGUGAUCAAAAGCUUGAAACCUCUGUUCUGUCCACAGCUGCAAUUCAUAGCAUAUAUAUAUGAACAUUGAGGUUCCAGUGAUUGCUUUCCACCUAGUGGAUGGUUCCUUCCCCGCUUUUGAACACAUCAGCUUAAGCUACUGGUUCUCCAGAGCUUAUUGAUAUCAUCAUCAUCAUCAUCAUCAUCAUCAUUUGGAUUCCUUACCCAUCUCUUUCAUCCUAUGGUCACACAGCAGGUUGUGGUAGUAAAAGAAUGUACAAAUAUGUUUCAAAAAUUAUGAUUUUUUUAAAAAAUGGUAGGUUCAAAUAUACAGUCAUACCUUGGAUCCCAAAUGCCUUGGUACUCAGAUGUUUUGGCUCCCGAAUGCCACAAACCCGGAAGCGAGUCUUCUGGUUUGCAAACAUUCUUUGGAACCCAAACAUCCAACGGGGCUUCCGUGGCUUCCGAUUGGCUGCAGGAGCUUCCUGCAGCCAAUCAGAAGCCGUGCUUUGGUUUCUGAACGUUUUGGAAGUUGAACGGACUACCGGAACGGAUUCCGUCCAAGGUACAACUGUAUAACAAAGCAGGAAUGUGUUAACCUUCCCAGAUAACUCAAAUUAUUGUCUAAAAUAAGCCACAAUAAAACACAAGUUUAAAUGUAGAAUAGAAAAUGAAGAGAAAUUGCCUGAAAAUGCAGAAAAUGCUCUCUAUAUGUGUUGGCCUUCUUUUUCUUUUUUUUUCUUUUUUCUUUUGGUUCAGCCCACUCCAGUGAGCAUAUUGAAUUGAGAAUUAUUGCUUUUGAUUGUUUUUUAGAUGGGAGUUCAUGUUGUGGAUUCUGCUGCUGCCGGCUUAGGAGGUUGCCCCUAUGCGAAAGGUGCCACAGGCAAUGUAGCCACAGAAGAUGUGCUAUAUAUGCUGAAUGGCUUGGGAAUCAAUACGGUAAGCUGUUUGUCAUGUACCUCUUAAACUUUUGCAGAUUUCUUAAAACUAUGGAUUGGAAGUUUUGCUCGCUAUGUUGAUUUCAGUACAUACACAAGCAACUGGGCAUAUCGGUAUGAAUCAUGCUGAUGCAUUUUGGGGAAAUGUCAGACCAUUUAGCUUGCUUUUGAUCCUGUCGAAAGGAUGACUUUGCAAGCAUUUGUUACGAGAAAAUAAACUUGCUUGGAAUCCUAUUGCUGCUAGCAGAAGGCCUCCUAUCUGCAUCGAGCGGCUGCUGUGGGAUCCUAUUCUCUGUCGGUAGUUAGAUAUGCUGCUUUCUAACAAUGGUUGUCGGCUAGCAUUCAUAGAGUAGCUACUAUGUACAGCCCUUUUUUCCCCUGGGUGUACGCAGGGGUACACAUAUCCCUAAACAUUUUGCAAAUCUAAGUUUGGCCUCAUUGAGGGGCAGUAUUUCAAUAUGAGUAGGAAAAUGAGAGUACCCCUAAACAUUUUUUUUAAGAAAAAAAGCACUGGGUAUAUACAUGUGAACACACACUGGACUCUGGAGUACAUGGAUGAAAAUGACAAAAAUGUGAGCAGGUGAAGCUGCCUUAUAUAGAAUCAGACCAUUGGUUUAUGUAGUUCUGUACUGUUGACUCCACCUUGCAAUGGAAGGCUUCUUCAGUUAUGAAUCUACUAUCUUCAGUCAUGAAUCAAAUAAUAGGGAGGAAGGUAGGAGGCCCUUGAUUGGGGACAAGUCCUGCGAUCCCAUAGACUUUUAAGACAAUAGUUGUCCCUCCAUCCCUCCCAAUAAUUUAUUUUAAGCACCACCUGCAACCAUUCAAUUACCUGGAUGUGUUAGAGAUAAAAAUUUGAUUUCCCCCCUAUAAAUAGUUUACCACUGAGUUGCUUCUCUUGUGCUUCUUAUGCGCAUGGAACAGCACUGGAUGCUUCUUAGCCGACCAAGAUGUGGAUUCAUUAAGGUUCUCUUUGGGCAUCCUCCUGGCUGCAUUAGAACUUGCUUAUCCAUGCAUUGCCCAUGCAAUGGCUGGGAAAACAUUUAAAUGAUUCAGACAUGUGAGCAUGGCCACUCACAUGGGUCUUUCCCCUGGAACUGAUUCCUCCGGAACACUGACAGUCCCAUGGAAAAGGCGUGUGAAAUAAGCUCUCAUUCUUUGGUUUAUUUCAUCUUUCUCCCCAUCUCGUAUAUUGUUGUUAUUAUCAACGAAUCACUUCCCACAAGGCAUCUCAAAGCGGUUAGCAAUACGUAUAUAAAAGGACCGCGUAUCUAAAAACAGUUAAAACAAUUGCACAUAUUAAAACAAAUUCAAAGCAAAUGCGAAAAACAAUCACAAAUUAAACAAGCCACAACAAAAUGAACGAAUGAAAUCAGUUUCAAAUCCUCUACUACAGAUACCAUAUGGGGUAUCAAUCUCCACUUAGAAGGCUUGCUGAAAAAGGAAAGUCUUCAACAAGCUCCCAAAUAACAAUAUGUAAAUAAAGAUAUGACUUUGCAUACACGUCCAGCCAAUAUAUUCAGGAUGGGGAUACACACCCAAGCUUGUCCCUUCAAAAUAAAAGAAUCCCCAUUCAAAAAACCCAAAGCACCAGUUCCCCAAACAACUACUAGUACUAGAUCUGAGAGUUCUGAGAAUUUAUCAUUUUCAUGUCCUGUAGCAUUUCUCUCUUGACAGCAGGCACCACUUACAAAUCCUGAAUGUUGCCUCAUGUUUACCUUUGAUCUGUUCUAUCUCCUCGCUUCCUCUCACCACUAUGUUCCUGUUCUUGCUUUGUUGACUGAAGUCGGUUUGAGAGGGACACAAUGAACGAAAUGCUUUUUGAAUCCCUGCCAGCGUUUUCCAAUGGGCUCUGCUCAUUGGGGUGACGGCUAAUGCCUGUUUUAGAAAGGCAUUGAAAACGAUUCGUUGAGGUGUCAGUUAGCUGAAGGAAAACUGAAAUGUUGAGAACAUCUGCAGGCAGAGUGUGCGGUGCUCCAAAGGUCAGCUUGGUCUCACAGAUCUAUAACAUCUGGGGAUAUUUGUCAGGAGGCAAAAAUAUGAUUUGAGGUGGCUUAAGUGCUUUUCCAACCCUGUCAAAUUUGUGUACCAAAAUCAACAGGGUUCAGAAAUAGUAUUUGGUAUUGUUACACUUCAAACUGAAGCACAUGUUAUCUAUUUGAAUAAUUUAUAAACCUCUCCUCAUUGUUCACACAACCCCAGAGCAAGAGACAUUAAAAUACAAUAAAACAAUAUUUCAUUUAAAAACAGCUUUAAUGUAGAAAACAGACAGUAUUCUAGCAACAUAACUACAUCAUCCAAGCAAGAGGUACUACUUGAAUCAAAUGCUUGAAUGGGCAGCUGUGUUUUUACUGUCAUCACAACUCCCAUCAGUGUUUUGGUGCUGCUUGCACCUGAGAGGAGAGGGCAUUCCAAAGUCAGGGUGAUCCUACAGAGGUGUCAGGCGUCAGAGGAUCCAACCCCCCAAGCAGGUAGCCAGGAACGGAUAAGACAAGGAAAGUUCUUACCAAUGCUAUUUAUUCAGUAUUCACAGAGAGAGGCUUAGAAAUGCAGCCUCUUGGAGUAAUGGCGUUGCCCUGAGUGAGUCUCCACCUCCUCCCUCUCUCCCUCCAUGUGUCAUCACUACAGGUGCUGAGAAGUGCCCUCUGCCUCUGAGCUUUCUGCUCUCCUACUUUCAAUGCCUGCCGGCUUCUGGGAGAGGGGGAGUUUGGAAUGCUUUCUAAAGACACUGUGUCCGUCAGCCCCUCUGGUGCUUCUUCUUCCUCCUCUCCCAUUAUUUCCCAACUUUCCCCCUCAUCUGUCUCUGAUCUGUGACCCCCCCUCAAAUGCCUGUUGUAAUUCUGAACUGUCUUCUUCUUCUCUGGAAGGGUCAGGCUGAGGAGGUGGUCUCCACCAUUCUUCCUCUGCCCAGUCCCUGACAGGAGGGUGCCUUCUCAUGAGUUGCUACACAGCAUAUCUCAGAAAAUUGUGACACUAUGAGAAGACAAUCCCUUCACGAUUUCAAAGUUUCCCAGAUUUUUAGAGUGUUUACCGCACACAUAAGCACAGUUACUUAGAAAUGAGCUCAUCAAUUUCAGUAAUAUUCAUCUCCGAGUGUAAGUGUGCAUGGAAUACCAAAUUAAAUCCAAAUUAAGUAGGUUGCAUUUUGGAUUCUCUGAACAGCUCACCCAUCUUAGUCUUAGGGUAGAGUUUGCUAACACCCCCCAUAUGCAUGUGUGUACACACACACACACGAGAAUGAUUAGAAUGAAUUACUAGGCAUAAAAUCUCUGUCUGUUUGUCUCUUUUUUAGGGUGUGAAUCUUUUCAAAGUUAUGGAAGCCGGUCACUUCAUCUGCACUGCCUUGAACAAGCAAACAAAUUCUAAAGUUGCGCAAGCAUCUUUUAGUAGCUGA